ACACUUUCCACCUUGCAUUUAGGCUUUAAGACCUGCUGUGUCCUUCUGCCUUGCACGGAGCCCAAGAGCUAUGGCAAACGUGGCAAUUAAAUUGGCCAGGGAGAAGGAAGCCCUGAAAGGUCUGGGCUCCAACCAGAAUGCCGUGAAAUACUUAAAACAGGAUUUUGAAGCUCUGAAGAGGCAGUGCUUACAGUCUGGCACUCUCUUCAAAGACGAGGAAUUCCCCGCCUGCCCUUCUGUUCUUGGCUACAGGGAUCUGGGGCCUUAUUCACCCAAAACUCAGGGCAUUAUCUGGAAACGACCUCCGGUAAGAUUUUUACAUUGUGUUCAUAAUCAAUCAGGUUCAGCUAACAUUUCAUUCAUCCAAGUGUCCUCUUAAGACUCACAAGGAUUGUAAUAGUAUGCAAAAAAGCAAAGGUACCGGCCUGCAAGAAGAAAUCCAAAUUAUUACCAUUAUAUAAUAAUUUUACUUUGAACCCUAGAUAGAGUUUGUUUUAAUGUUUCUCUAGUGGCCAUCACCUUGAUCUUGCAGAUUUAAACAAGAAUAGAAAUGCUGAAGCUUCUUCUCCAAUGGUUUGUCCUUUCGGGACUGAUAAGGUUGUCAACCAGAGCAUCUAAAAUCAGGGAUGCUUUUGGAGAGGCAAUGUCUGGAUUAAGGGACAUUUAACAUAUUGCAUGGAAAUACAGUGUGUGAAAAUUAGAGCCAUUUAUUAUGUUCUUGAGGUUGUGGUGGUCUGGAAUAAGGGACAUCUGGCAACAUUCAGCGUUGAGAAUGCCUGGAAACAUAUUCUUUGGGGAUUUCCUUCUGCCAAUUUCUGAGGUUUUAAUAAGCUUAAACUUCGCUGUGCUAUUAGAGAUACUGUUUCAAAGGCACAUUGAUGGCACAUUAACUGUCAAAACGGGGAGGGAAAACCUUUCUGUGUGUGUAUCAUUUUUGCAGGUUGUUAGAUGUAAUUCCAUUCUGCUCUGUUUCCGUAUUAGUCUUCAAAUCCUCCGAAAAUACUGUUUAAAUAUGUAUUUAAUGCAUUCCCCCCUUUUAAAUUAGUAUUUUCUCUCAAAAUAUUUAUCCCCAUUUUCUUUCAAAACAUGUAUUUGGACUGCAAUCCUUUACCUACUUUAUUGAGAGUAAGUCCCAUUGAACUCAGUGAGGCAUCUUUCUGAGUGGUCUUAUCAUCUUGUCCCGCUGAUUUCUCCUACCCCCAGGGAAAGCCAUACAUUAGCACUCAGAGUAAAUGACAAUCGGGGUUUUUUGUGGAUUGCCAUUUGUUAAAGAGCUGGUUUUCCCUGGGAAAGGAGUGGCGCAAGGGGGAAACAGCUCAGACCCGAACUUUCUAGGCACGGGGCAAGCUUAAGUGUGGACAAGCCCUGUAUCACAACUACUGAGAACUGCACCCCAACAUUGGGAGGAAUGCAAAAUCUGGUGGACAGCAAAGUUCUGAUCCCAUUAGUCCACGAGCUGCAGAUCAGGCCAUUUUGUUUGUGCAUUUGCAAGACCGCAUACUAUUCCUAUUUCAAAGCCAAAUUGCAAAAGAAAUGAAAGUAGCUUAAAAAACCAAACUCUCUUUAAUAAUACAGUGGUACCUUGGGUUACAUAUGCUUCAGGUUACAUACGCUUCAGGUUACAUAUGCUUCAGGUUACAGACUCCGCUAACGCAGAAAUAGUGCUUCAGGUUAAGAAUUUUGCUUCAGGAUGAGAACAGAAAUCGUGCUCUAGCGGCGCGGCAGCAGCAGGAGGCCCCAUUAGCUAAAGUGGUGCUUCAGGAUAAGAACAGUUUCAGGUUAAGUACAGACCUCCAGAACGAAUUAAGUACUUAACCUGAGGUACCACUGUAGUUACCUUUUUUUGUUGUUUUGCCAAGUACAUCCCCCCCCAUGUUCUUUUCAAUUGCUUUCCUUUGACUUCAAUUUCAUUGUCUUUUCCUUCUCUUGACUCUCUCGCACAGUUUCAUAGAUCACAUAAACAUAGGAAGCUGCCUUUUACUGAGUCAGACCAUUGGUCCAUCUCGCUCAGUAUAUACUAACUGGCAGUACUACAUUACAGAUGAAGGAGAGUCACUGUUCUUCCUGGACCAAUGCUGAGAAUUGGGCCUGGGAACUUUUGCAUGCAAAGCCAUUCCUAAACUUCUCUUUUGUUUUGGAAGCAUUUUCAGAUAGUGCAGAGGUCUCUUGUCAACAGCAGGGUGGAUGGAAUGGGGUGUGUGUCUUCAGUUGCCUUCAUAAAGUUUACUGUUCAGUGAAAUUGCAUAUGCAGUUUUUACUACAUUUUUUAAUGAAACAAUCAAGGAACAAACACCUCCUUAGAAAGGCUUUUACUCUCCAGGCAAUUAAGAAAGAUUUGAAUGCAAUGUGAAUGAAGAACAGAACAAUAAAAACAUGUGACUGUUUCUCAGGAAAGCAGUUGCAGCUUAUUUUCAGUAUUGUUGUAUGCCUCCCCAAUCUCUGAGCUGUAUGGGGUUCCAAGAAUUUAUCCAGGCUUCGUGAUUCUUUCUGGAAAUGAGGCACAGUGGAAAUGGGGGCGUCUUUGUGAUACAUAGGCUAUUUACACGUAUAUACAACCUGAGCCUACGAUUGAGGGGUUCAUGACAUGAACACUCUAAGACGGUCUUGUUUUUCUCAUAGCUGCAGCCUUGCAGAUGAUGCUGACCACUGGGCUGUUAUCAGCAUAAUCAGUAUUCUAAUGCUGGUUCUUACUGUGUUAUGUUGUAUUUUAACUACUGUUGUUCUUAACUGCUUUGUUCUUACUACUUUGUAUUUUAUAACGAUGUUGGUAUUUUUUAUUAAAUUGCAAGCUGCCUUGAAUCCCAACUUGGGAUAUAAAUGCAUUAAAAUAAACGGGAAAAAAUUGUAAAAACAAUUAAAGAUAUCUCAAAGCAGCUACAGAUUUUUUUUUUUUAAACCCACAUUCUUUCACCCAGCAAUCUUGGGUACCAUAUGAACAGUAUAAAGCAAUGCUGAUAUUUUGACAAUUCUGGGUGGUAUUAUGAUUAUUAUUACUGUAUUGGCCCAAAUAUAAGCCGCACCCACAAAUAAGCCACACCUUUAAAAUUUGGCGGCUUGGGGGAGGCUUGGGAGCCGCAGAUGGGAUUGCCCCGCAAUCCCGGGUUGCUCUUUGGGGCAGGGGAGCCGCACCGCUUUGCCGGUGGCGUAGGGUCACGAAUAUAAGCCACACUUUAACUUUUCACGAUUUGAAUUUGGAAGAAAGAACUGCAGCUUAUAUUCGGGCCAAUACAGUGGUACCUCAGGUUUCAUACGCUUCAGGUUACAGACUCCUCUAACCCAGAAAUAUUACCUCAGGUUAAGAACUUUACCUCAGGAUGAGAACAGAAAUUGCGGCAUGGCGGCAGCGGGAGGCCCCAUUAGCUAAAGUGGUGCUUCAGUUUAAGAACAGUUUCAGGUUAAGAACGGACCUUCGGAACAAAUUAAGUUCUUAACCCGAGGCACCACUGUACAGUAUUAUUAAAUUUUAUGUACCACCCUUCAUCCGAAGAUCACAGGCCGAUUUACAGCAUAAAGAUACAAAAUGAAAACACAAAAUACCUCUCAUAAUAACAGCAACUCAUCUCAAGAUCUGAUAGUGUGACUCAGAGAGUCUUCCAGUUACAGCUACAUGGAAAAUGAAAACUUCUCUCUCAAAAGCUGUGACACCUUGGCUUCUCCCCAUUCCCAGAACAAUAUACCACCUGCCGCCUUUCACCUACAUUUAGAACAGCAUGCCAUAUGCCUGAAUCAAGAGCAGGUUUCUUUCUUUUCCUUUUAACAAACUCCUUUGGAGUGUCUGUGUGGCUUUGACAGGAACUUCAACAGGCUGUUCGUGUUUGAUUUUAGACCUGCUGCUUUAUAUCCGCUCCUAAACAUUUAGGUUUUUAUGCAGCUUUUAGUGGUGCUGUUGGUAGUUUGUUCAGUGGAUUGCAUUUUUAUCGAUUGUUUUGUGUUUUUAAUUUUGUACAUUGCUUCAAACUAUUCCAGAAAAGCGAAUACAGUGGUACCUUGGGUUAAGUACUUAAUUCGUUCCGGAGGUCCGUUCUUAACAUGAAACUGUUCUUAACCUGAAGCACCACUUUAGCUAAUGGGGCCUCCUGCUGCUGCCACGCCACAAUUUCUGUUCUCAUCUUGAAGCAAAGUUCUUAACCCAAGGUACUAUUUCUGGGUUAGCGGAGUCUGUAACCUGAAGCGUCUGUACCCUGAAGCGUCUGUAACCCGAAGUACCACUGUAGUGCUGGUGACAGUCUUGGGAGCGAGGACCUUCAGAAUCGUAGUGCAGAGAAAUAGUUCAAUUUGGAUAUCAUUCUUAGAAUAAGACAGAAUGGCACAUCGAAAGAAAUAUGUUCAUGAGCCCUUUGUUUCUUAGAAAGUAAAAUAAUGAGAACUUACGCACCUGCCUACAAUUAUGUGAACCAUUAUGCUAAAUAGACAAAGAAUGCAAGCUUAUGCAUGUUUCCUCAAAUGUAAUACCCACUGUGUACAGUGGAGCUGACUCCUAGGUAAGUAUGCAUAGAAUUGCAAUCUUAAGAAUGUGUGCUGACUAUUUUUUUUAGCCUCAGCAAAUCAUCCAGAGCUUAAUUUUUCAAUUAUCUUGAUGUUUUAAGUGGUGUCAUCAAUGAUGCUCUGGUCUUUUUGUUAGAGUGGCUCAGCUGAAUUCCUGAUCUAGAACUUACGUAGAAAUAAAUGAGCUUUCCACCCCAAUAAUGAAUCUGAAAGCAUUACUGCAGAACAGUCUUAAAACUAGUUACAAUUAAAUAUUACAAAGUAACAAAGUAACACAUUGCACUCAAGUAGCAAUCAAUGCAGUUCAGUCUAAGAACUUCUGUCUUUGAAUCCAGAUUCCAUUAGGUUGGAAGCUCCUUCUCCCAACCAACAUGCUAUAGAAGCCAACUUCUAGGGGCUGUGGGGACUUCAGCCCCCACAAUAAAAUAUUUGAGGGGGCCAGGCCCCCACAAAGUUGAUGUGCAUUCCCAUUCAAAUAGUGUGUGUGUCAUGUGAUCGCUUAUGCAGGGCGGGGCUUACCAGGGACCCCACAAUAUUUUAUUCCAGUUGGUACCCCUGCAACACGCUGAUUAGGUAGGUUCACAUUUAAAUGCACAACCGGAAUUGAAUUUCUCCCCCAAUCUUAGCAGAGGUUAUUGCGAUAAUCAUUUAGUGCAUUUGAGCAGCACUGAAUUUGUAGGGAGAGCUCAGUUUCAGUAGAAAUCUGCAGGUGACGAAGAUGCUAAAACAUCAAAAGUUAGGAAUCAUCUUUGGUACAGGAUUUUGAGAAAUGGUGUGCAUGCAAAUGUAAUAUUUAAUUCAUUUUUGUUUUCAGGAGCUAGUCCCCAACCCUCAGUUCAUUGUGGGAGGAGCCACUCGUACAGAUAUUUGUCAAGGGGAACUGGGUAAGUAACUGAAUAGCACUCCCCCUUGCUGUCUUCUGUGGUGUUAGGGGAAGGAGGGAACCAUCACAAACACCAAACCAUACAUGUUUUAAUUAGAUGUACAAAGGUGAGUGCAAAGAAGAAGCUCCAGAUAAGUCGAGCAAAUAAAUAUCAAAGAAGCAAUAUGAAUCUAGGAUGUAAAACAUGUCACUUGAACCUGAACUUUAUUGCUUCUUUUGCACAUGCCCCCCAAUGACUAGUCUAGGAAGCUGAGGCAGGUUUCACCCUCAUUUUCAUCUUCUGUGUCAGGUUUCUUUUUUCAUUCAUUUAAAACUAGCACGCCCUGUCUAAUUUAGAGGAAUAAGAGACAGGCUGUCUCUAAGGGUUUCUUUCAUUAAACUUUGUCUCUUUGUCAAUAACAAAAAUUAGUGGAAAUAUCAGCCUGGCAACUCUCAAGAGAACUUGAAAGACUCAGGAUGCUUUCCAUAUAUUGUACAAACAACCUGCUUUUUAUUAUAAUAAUAAUACUAAAAAAACAGAACACACCAGGAAAAGAAAAGCUUAGCCUUAAAAGCUUUGCCUUAAAUGCAGAAUCACAUCCAUAAUAUUUCAGAAUAACAUGGUUUAAAAUGGAUCUUCAAAGGCUGUUUGCAUCUGUACACAUAGGUUAAUACUUCUGCUAAAGCUUUCAAAUGCCAAGGGCCCUUUUUAAAAACAUUAUUUUACAGAGCAUGGCAUUUAAAAUAAGUUUAAAUUUCUAUAUCCUUGCCACAUGUACUUGUUGAAUGCCUUAAAGCGUAAUAAAUCAGCAAGCCCAUUUGAAAUGCAGGGCAAGUUCCUUAUGGCGGUGACAGAAAUGAGACUUUCCAUAAUUUGACAGCAACGAAAGCAUUAAUAGGUUCAUAUGCUACAAUGUCCAAUUCUCCCAUUGAAUCUGAUUCUUCCAGGAGACUGCUGGCUUUUGGCAGCUAUCGCAUCUCUCACAUUGGAUCAAGAAAUUUUAAGCCGAGUUGUUCCCAAAGAUCAGAGCUUCCAGAAGAACUACGCUGGGAUUUUUCACUUCCAGGUAUAUCUUCCAUAUUAUUUAUAGAGUAGGAGACACUUAAGCAAAAGUAGCCAACAAUGUAAAACCAGGAUCAUGUCCUGGAAAAGGCAGAAGGACUUUGCCCAUCAUGUGUUUGCAUACUUUUCUGUGUGUAUAGUAUAGGCAAGAUAUAAACCAAGCAGAAACUGAUUCUUCUCUCCAACCUCAGCCAGAUAGUCUAGCUCUCUAUAUGACUUCACUCAGCAAACUUAAAAGUUAUUUGUACAAGAAAAGAUAAAGCAUUGUGUAAAAAGUGGUUAGCUAUGCCUCAUGAUUUUAUAUGUUGAAUCCAGCUUGAAGUGCCUUUGAUGGCCUGAUAUUCAAUACGUGAGCUUUCCUUCUCCCCCCCCUUUUUUUGGUCAGUUCUGGCAGUACGGAGAGUGGGUGGACGUUGUUGUGGAUGACCGGCUCCCCACCAAAAAUGGGCAGCUCCUUUUCCUGCACUCUGAAGAAGGCAGUGAGUUCUGGAGUGCCCUGUUGGAGAAGGCCUAUGCCAAGUAAGCAAAUGAUUCUCAGAUUUUGCUCAAUGGAGGCAGCUGUCAUGAGGCCUAUCAGUCACAGUCUACCUUCUGUACAGUGUCUAAUGCUACCAGUGAAUUUUUCACUGGGUGAAAUAUAGGGCUGUAGCCAACAGCGUUGCUCAGCUGAUGGUAAGGUUUUCAUCACUUGAAUGUCAGUUUGCAUUUCUUCAUGCAGAAAGUAUUUGAUGUGUAGAGAUCUUUCCUGUUCUAAUUAAUUCAAGAGGGUUCCGGAAGCUUCUCUGUGUGAAAGGAACUAGCAGAAAGGUUCAUGAUGUUUGGGUUAUUCCUUCAGAGAAGCUGAGUACAGCUGGCUUAAACUGGUUUUUUGUUAUCUCUUCUGUCAAGGUCAUGCUGACUAUAAAAAAAGGCCAGAAGGAGCCUGGGCUUCAUUUUCUCUUUCUAUCUCUCUUCCUUCUGGUGUGGUGUUCUGUACAUAGCGUUAAGGUUUAGUCUUAUUAUAAGUUAUUGUAAGUUUAAGUUAAGACUGCUGCAACUGGAUUUCUUAUGGACAGUGCCAAUCCUGAACGUAUUGGAUUUGUGACCAUUAUGCUCAUUUGCCUUCAGUAGCUCUGCUGGAUGAAAUACAACUGCCUCUGGUCUAUUUUUGGGGAGUCCUGCAAAAUGUUUAAAUUUUUACUCUGCUAACUAUACAUUGGAACCUGCUCUGGAUCAAUAUUGAGUAGAAUUCCAUGACAUUGUAUAGGUAGGGAAGCUAAUUCUAUUCCCCAUCCCUCUGCAAUCCCUGUGUCCUCUCUAAGGGGUCCCUUCACCCCCUGCGGCAGAUUUAGGGAGUGUGGUGGGAGGCAGAGAAAUUGUCUUAUUUAAUCUGUAUGACGUGUGUGUGUGUGGAGACUGCCCUCAUGCUUUUUUCUGCACUGUAGGUUGACAAGGCUGUUAGUUUUGGCUUCUUUUAGGUUCUCAUUUUUCCAGUCCUAAAUGCAGUUUGCUCCAUUUCCACAUACAUUGCAAGUUCGUUGUUGUUGUUUUUGACCCAGUUUGCAUGAACAUUUCCAAACACAUUUCUCCUAAUAUGCACAAAAUUUGCCUAGGAUAUGGGUUUUUGAAAUGGAUGUUCAUCUAAUAGAAUUCAUUUAUGCAUGUUAUCUGCUUUCAUAUACACAUUGUUUUGCACAUAUUUUUCCACUAAUGUGCACAUUCUUGUACACAUAUUUUAACUGGAGAGCCACAUUUUAAAAUUUAGAGAAGUGCAAAGUUUCAAAAACACUUAGAGAAGUGUGGAUAGACAAAUUUCUUCACCAUCCAUACUGCAGGCUGAAUGGCUCAUAUGAGGCUCUCGCUGGAGGAUCUACUGUAGAAGGUUUUGAAGAUUUCACUGGUGGCAUCUCUGAAUCAUAUGAUCUGAGAAAAGCUCCAUCUGACCUGUAUCAAAUCAUCCAGAAGGCCCUGCAAGCCGGUUCACUGCUGGGUUGCUCCAUUGAUGUGAGUUACUGGCAUCAUCAUCAUCGUUUUUCUGUGCUCCAACCUAUGUUGUGGUGAAGUGACAGAACGCUAGCAGCAGAUAUUUGUGUUAGGAACUUGGAACAGCAAUUGUCCCACUUUAGGGAAGCAGCAUCGAGUCCUACAGCUAGAAAAAUGCACUUGGUGUUUUGACAAAAGUUGCAUCCACACUUGGUCUUUAGUCAGGGGUUUGGAAAACAAGUCCCAUGAAGAGAGAAUGUUUAGCAUGGAGAUGACUGAUGGGCUCACAUAGAAGAGGACAAAGACUUGUUCUCUCUGUUCUUGGGUUGGUGAGGGGGCAGCAGUCAGGACUAGAUCUAAAGAGUUUAAGUUAUAGGAUGGUAGAGCCUGGCUGAAUAUGAGAAGAAAUCUAUCAAUGGAAAUAGAAGUUUGAUAAUGGAACCAAUUAUCUAAAGGGGCAGUGGGUUUUCCCUCACUGGAGGCAUUCAAGCAAAGGCCAGAAAGACAUCUGUUGUAGAUGUUCCAGCAUGUACAUUUGAUUUCCUGCACAGAGCAGGAAGUGGGACUAGAUAGCCUACAAGCCUUACAACUCUAUGAUUCAGAAGGAGCUCACCAGGUGGAGUCAUUGUGCUAGCUUCCUGGCUGGCGGGCUGGCGUUGCUUACUGGGAAAGGCAAAUGCACUAGUGGGGCAGGUGUGUUUGCACUGUGCAAACUUCCACAGCUCCUUGCCCCGCCUGGUAAGCAGCAGAGACCUACCUCCUGGGAAGUUAGAAAAGUAGCUCUGCCUCACCCCAGCGAAUCACUUCUAGGAUUUUAAAGCACCGUGUUGUGUUUUUACAAUAAUUUUAUACGCCCUAGAUAACCAGUGCAGCUGAAACAGAAGCAAUCACAAGUCUGAAGCUGGUCAAAGGUCAUGCUUAUUCUGUUACUGGAGCGGAAGAGGUAAAAAUAUAGUGUGUGUGUGUGUGUGUGUGUGUGUGGCUCUGUGUGUGAGCUUUAACAAACUGAACUGUCAUGAAAUUAAUACUGUUGCACAGCACCCCAAGUGUCUGAGCAGUGCAAGGUUCCAGGGUAUUUGUUUCCUUUUGGAAAAUGAGGCACAGUGGAGACUGAGGUAUCUUUAUGAUAUAUGGUUUAUUUACACAUAUAUACAACCUGAGUCUAUGAUGGAGGAGUUCACUCCAAGAGGUCUUGCUCCUUCCACAGAUCCAAACAGACACCAGCUAUGGCUCUCUGCCUGGCUGCAGCUUUUCUCCAGCUUCUGGCUCAUAUAACUCCUCACUCUAACCUCUCUAAGCUCUGGGCUUAUCUUCUAACUAACUCUGAGCGGAGUCUUAAUUGCUCAUCCCCAGGCUAUAACCUCAUGAGGAAUUUAGCUUUGCUUAAUUAGCUUUCAACACUUGUUGAUUCCAGGGGAUUAGCAUUGUCUAGCACACAGCUGAAGCCACACACAGAUUGGGCUUAAUCUGGCACCCAAAUCUUAACAUGCCAAUAACUGACUGUGGCGAUCACACACAGGGCCCCCGGACGUUUGACGGUCUAUUGACCCUGUGCCACCACUGAGAUUGCUUUUUCCGCUGCCACCACUCCGUAUCUCACGGGGACAUACGGAGUCCAGUCAGUUGUUAACAUAAACAAAUAAUCAAGUUUCUUUUUAAAUGCAGGAACAAGCUUAUGGUUUCAGUUAGUUUUUUUUUGACAGUUUCUUAUUCUUAGUUUCUAACAACUUCAAACUGAUUAUUCCCAACUAUCUAUCUGACUCCACCUAACAAUUCCUCUCACUCUCUCACAAUACAACUCUACCAACCCACACCUAAUCCUCCUUCUUCCUUCUUCACUUCCCAAACCUCAACUCCCAACUCCCAAACCUCAACUCAAUGACUUUCAAAACCUCCCACUCUAACUUUUAUUCCCCCCUUGCAUUCUCACUGGCCAAUCACAUCACACUUAUUUUAACCCUUUCCUUAUGACCCAUCCUAGGAGGCAAAUGCCACACUGAUUAAUUCUAACCUUUGGUUGAUCUGGAGGUUAUAGUGGUCUGGCACUCACAAACUCCUAACAAUACUAAAUGGCACAAGUAGUUUGUGAAAGUGCACUCCUUUUAACCUUCCCUCUAAAAAACUUAAAGCACACUUUAAGACUGAAGUUUGCAAAGCGGUUUCAAAAACAUAACAUAACAUAACAUCAUAACAUAACAUAACAUAACAUAACAUAACAUAACAUAACAUAACAACAUAACAUAAAACAACAAUAAAACCCAUAACUUAUCUGUAGAAAUGCAAUGAAGGAGAAAAACCAGCAUUUUAGGGCUGAUAUUUUGGACAAAAGUUCCAUCCACCCAUUGGAUGAGCUGGUUACAUUUAAGAACAGCCGGUUAAUGGAACAGGUUUCUGGGGACUGUGUGGAGGUCCCUGGAGGUUUUUCAGAAAAUUUGUGUCCGGGGAAACCUUGCUGUUUCAGGGAUUGUACAACGUGUCCCAUAAAAUCCAAUUCAUGAGCCCUUGAGUUUUGUGGUAGCACUAAGAAACUUGCCAUAGGCUGCGGCUUUUGCUCGCAUUGCUUUUGUUCUUAAUGAAUUUAUUCAUUUAUUUAUUAUAUUUAAAUAUCACCUUUUCCUCCAAGUCACUUAAGCUGGGGCACAUGGAUCUCCUCCCUCUCCCGAUUUUAUCCUCACAACAACCCUGUGAGGUAGGUGGGGCUGAGAGGUGAUGACUGUGAGCUUCAGGGCCUGAGGGGGGAUUUUAACCUUUGUCUCUAAGGUCCCACACUCUAACCAUUACACUACACUGACUCUCACAGGAUGUUUUCUAAACAGGACUGUCAUCUAAGAGGACGGCAACACUGAGGGGGAUUAUAAAGUCCUGAUGUUCUGUUUGUGGUGCUUCCCACAGGUUAACUACCGUGGCCGUCCGGAGAAAUUAGUCAGGUUGAGAAAUCCAUGGGGUGAAGUGGAGUGGACUGGGGCCUGGAGUGAUAAGUAUAUUAUUAUCAGUAUAUAUCAGUAUUCACUGUUGCUAUCAGUAUGCAAAUUUAUGCAGUUGAUUCUGUUUCUCCCAUGUGCAUUAUGCAUCCUUUGCACUGAAUGGGGUAGAAUAAUGUAAAUACAAUGUAACUUGUCUAAUUUUGCCACAGCAGACAGUGAGAUGAAUAAUGUAUUUUGGGCAGAAGAUGAACUGCAGCAGAAUGGAAACAGCGCCGGUUGGGACAAACACAGGACUGGAUGGAAAGCAAUGCUUUCUUACAUCCUUAGUCCUGGGUCAUCUUCAGAUUGUCACACCCCCACCCCACACCCAAUGCUUGUAUAGUAACUCCUGAAAUGCCAUUUAUUCAUCUACUUCAGUGAUGGGGUCUGUGGUUGUCCAGAUCUUGUUGGAUUCAAACCCCCAUCAGUCCCAGACAUCAUGGCUAGUUCUCCUAGAUGAUAGGAGUUUGGGUCUGGAGGGCCACAAGUUCCCUAUCCUUGAUUUAUUUAUUUUUUGAAUAUGUAUCCCACCCUUCUCCAAGGAGUUCAGGAGAUUAUCCUAUGUUAGUUCCAUAGCAGCUCCAUGAGGUAAAUUAGAAUGAGAUAUGGUGGUUGAUCCAAAGCCACCCCAGAGGACUUCAAGGCAGGGAUUCGAACCCAAGUCUCCUUAGCACAAUUACCACACACUAGCUGAAUACUGUCCUCCACCUGUAAGAUUCACACAUUCUAUAAGCAUUUGUAGUGUGGGCAUUGGACAAGAUGUUCGUGUUGAUUUUUUGAACGUUGCCCUGGAAAUGAGAUGGAAAAAAAGGAGCUAUCAAUCUCUUUUACAUUGUCACUGGCUCUGCCGUAUAACAUAUGAAGUUCCUCUAAAAUUACAUCUGGCAAAGUUAAUAUAUCAAAUGACAGCCGAAAGGAAGAAAGUAAUAUUAAUAAGUUAGGAGGGCUAUCUAUUAACUCACACCCAUGGCUUUUCAUGCCUGGAUAGUAGAGCAGAAACAUAUAGGAAAAAGAGUAUUUCUAAGAGGAUUCUUAAGCCUGGCUGAACAUGGGGCCGAGCUAGACACAAUGGCUAACUGCACCUUUGCAUUUUACGCACAUACUGAAAUAAAUGUAAGCACCAGGUAAAGGGAGGUGGGUGGGGGCUGAUAAUUAUCAGCAUUAUUGGAAGAGUUUAACCCUUGCAGUGAUCCCUGGAGCCACUUGUGUUGAGAUGUCACCUUAUUUUGUAUUCUAAAAAAAUCUGCACAUUAAAUGCAGUUCUAUACAUGUGCAAUUCUAUAUAUGUAUACUCAGAAGUUAGCCCCAUUGAAUUCAAUAGGGCUUUCUUCCUGGUAGGCAUAUACAGUAUAGGAUUGCACUCUUAACACCAUAUGCUUAUUUAUUUGAAUGACUGAUUGAUUGAUUUGUAUACUACUCUUGCUCCCGUCAUCCAUCGUUACAAAAUAUUUCAUACCACCAUUAAAAAUCUAAACACAAACUUCCAGAGCUACAGUCUUAACAUUUCCAUCUGUUGGGUCCCUGGGGACUUAACUCCCAAAGGCCUGGGCAGAUCAAUCGGUCUUUAACUGGCAUCUAAAGGCCAGCAGUGAGCAGGAGAAGUCUUAUUUCCCCAGGGAGAGAGUUCCAGAGGUCAGCACACCUGGAAAGAAACAGUUCCUACUCUGAAACAGAAUUAACUGUACGUUAAACCAUCUCUGGAAGUUUAUUUUUAUUAUUUACAGAAAUUUAAAACGUUUUCAUUUGAGAGGCAUGUGAUCAGGAUCUCCCUAGAGGAGUGGAGAUUCCAAUAAUAUUUCUUUUCUUUUCAGCAGAGCGUUCCUUGUAUCCCCAGAGUAAAUAAGGAAUUGUUUCUGCUUUAUCCUCAACUCCAGAUUUAAUUUACUACUGUAUCUCAUGAAUAAUGCCAUAUCAGUAGAUAAAUAAUCAUAUAAAAAACAGCAGGCACAUAAACAAGGAUUAGAUUUCAGGUAUUAUACUCACAUCAAAAAGGGCUCAGUUUUAAAAAUAAAUCGUACAAUAAAAAUGAUUUAAGUCAGAAAUUAUAAAGCGUUUAACACUUCUUUUCUAUCACUUUAUGUGACUUUUAAUCCAGCAGUGUGGAACCUGUGGUUCUCUAGAUGUUGUGAGAUUCUAACUCCCAUCAGCUCCAGCCAGCAUGGUCGAUGGCGAGGACCGAUGGGAGUUGUAGCCAGUGUUUUUUUCCUGGCAGUCUUCUUUCUUCUUUGGCGAUCACUUGUAGCCGAGUAAGAUUGUCUUCCAUAAACACAGUUUUAACAGUGAGUCAGUAAGUGACUGUGAAGGCCGAUUCUGCAUCCAUAUGUGCUUCCACAGUGGGGACAUAGGUUUCUGCGCAGGAGUUGAUCACGAUGUGUAUUUGCCAAGCAUGCCUUCCUCUUAGUGUGUUUCUCCCUUUUGUCCUGAGUUCGAGUGUCUUCAAAGCCCAUGACACCUUUGGUAAAGGCUGUUCUCCAGUUGGAGCGCUCUCAGGCCAGUGUUUCCCAGUUGUUGGUAUUUAUACUACAUUUUAUUUAGAUUUGCCUUGAGAGAGUGUUUAAACCUCUUUUGUUGACCACCAGCAUUACGCUCUCCAUUUUCUGGCAGUACUCACUGGUACGCAGUACUGGCACCCUCCCCCCCUCCCGCAGCUGUGAUGGGCCCCAUCCAGUCUUCCCAUGGCUACAACGGGCCCUGUCUGGCCUUCUUGCAGCCAUGGCAGCCCUCCCAGCCUCGGUCCCUCAGGGCUCAGAGAUAGGACUGCGUUCAUAUACAUAUGCAACUAUUUCAUGCUUAAUUUGUACUGGCAAAAUGUUUGGUUUGUAAUGCUCUCCUAUCCCUGCAGUGCUCCACAAUGGAAUUAUAUUGACCCCAAGCAGAAAGCAGCUCUGGAUAAGCAGGCAGAUGAUGGUGAAUUUUGGUAAGAACCUUUCAAUCAAUAGCAGAAUGUAGAUAAACAUGCUGCAGUGCGAGGGUGACACUAGAUGUGAUGUUAAAUGCAUCACUUCUGCUGUGUCAUUUGCCUUCUAAUUGCUAAGAGCAGAUGAAGGAAGGCCAGAUUUUUGUCAGGACUGUGGCACAUAAGGAGAGAGGUUUUCAUGUUUUCCCUCCUUGCAUAGUCCUGAUGAAAAUCUCCCCCUUGCAAUAAUAAUUUAUAAUAAUAAUAAUUUAUUAUUUAUACCCUGCCCAUCUGGCUGGGCUUCCCCAGCCACUCUGGGAGGCUUCCAACAAAAUAUUAAAAUACCGUAAUACAUCAAUGAUGCCUUGUGGCGACAAUUGGCUAAUAGCAGUUGUGGUGGUGAAGAUUUUUGUUGGACUUGCAUCGGGGGAAAAAUGGGAUGAACACCCACAACACACUCCUGGCAAAAAACCUCAUAGGAGCAUAAGAAGCUGAGUCAGACAACUGCAGCUUAGUGGUAAGAUAAAAACACUCUGCAUGUGUUCAGAGACUGCUAUGCAACAUCUUCCUUCACCGGCAGCAGAAAUAUAUGUGUGGAGUAGACCAGGCUAUUAGGCUGCUGUUCUUUACAGUCAUUUGGCAGUGCAGUUGGCUCUUCUCUGUCAUGACAACUGUUGGUAAGAGAGGGACUUUUAUCAUUUAUUGCCCUGGGAUCCCUAGCAACUUAGACCUGGCCCUUGAAAUGUAAUGUGGGAAUGGCAAGUCCUAGACUCUAAUUUGGUAUGAGCUAAGGAUAGCAUGACUGACUGGACGCAAGAAGACUAAUCACUGAGAAUUUGUAGGCCUUCCAUUAUUGAUGGGGAUUCCUAGAAGUUUCAGAGCUUUGUAACGCCAAAUAAUUCCCUCGUGCUAUUGCUGCCUGCUGUCUCGGUAGAAGAUAAAUCAAUGGCAAGUGGAUAAUGGCUUUCUUCCAGACUCACUAAGCACUCUCAUAUGCUCUGCUCCUAUGGCAGGAUGUCCUUCUCAGAUUUUCAAAGGAACUUCACAAGGCUUGAGAUCUGCAACCUGACUCCUGACACCCUGACAAGCAACCAUGUCCACAAAUGGGGUAUGACUUUGUUCAACGGAAACUGGAGACGGGGCUCCACAGCCGGUGGGUGCCAAAAUUACCCAGGUAAUGUCACCGUGGAGAAGCCAAUAACUAGCCAUAGCUAUUGUUGAUGGGGGAAGCUUUUAUACUGUAGGACUGCCUGCAGGUUAUUUCAGUGGUCUCACUAUUUGAGCCAUGGGGGCAAUUGUAGAUCGGGCUCUUUCCCAAGUGCCUGUUGGAAGUGCAACAGCAGGGAUCGUUCAGUUUGCAACUUAAGAGUUAUUUCUGUUGUUGGUGAGUCAGCUGACCGAGGUGAUGGUGGUGGAGGAGGUGUCGCGUAGCAACCAGGCAGAUUGGCAUGAUCUCUAGUGAGGUAGCACCUGCUGUGUAGUUCUGAGGGAGUUUUCAUCUGUAUGUUUAGUUGUAUGUCUCCCUGCUAUGUACAAGGCCUGAUGGGAGAAAGACAAAAGCUCUCUGAUCUUGUCAUCUCAAAUUAUACACUGUUUUUGUUCAGUUUCCCUCAGCAAAAUGCUGUCAGGGUUUCUUGCAUUAUGGCGGAUAUAGGUUAGAUUCAAACCGAGCUGUGAUGCAUGAUGCGCACAUUUCCAUCUGGUCAAAGUACAAGAGGUGGGACAUUGUUGCUGUGCCGUCCUACAUUCUGUGGCAGUGCGGCUGUUUGCGAAGAUUGGGAUGGAGCAUGGCAGAGCAUCUGCAAGGGUGGGGGCUGCACCCGGGCUGGGCUGCACCCAGGUGGCGGCAGGCACACCUGUACCUGCCACUGCUGACUUCCUGCUCCCCACUGCUCACUGCCGCUCUGCUCCACUCCAUCCUAGUCCUGCUGAGAUCCAAUAUUGCUGCUGCUGGGAAAACAGCACGGCAGGCACAUCAAAAUUCAAGUGUUAAACUCUGCUUUGCAGUGUUCAUGUUAGUAUUUUCAUUGCUUUUCAUUUUUGUUUUCAUACAUUACUGUUGUGUGUGUGUGUGUGUGUGUGUGUGUGUGUUUUAAGUUCUAGUUAUACAUCUCAUUCAUUUUUCAGUAUGGCACUGAAACUGUGAUAAAAAGGACCAAACUGCAAUAUUUACCAUAAAAUUGCAUAUAUUAAUAGUCUAGAAAUAACUGUUUUGUUUUUAUGUGUCGAAUGCUAAAUUAAUUCCUAAACCCAUUGCUGUUUGGGGCUCCAGCCUGAAUAUGUAAUUAAAACGAAUAGCAGUAUGGCGUGCGUUAAUUAAGCAUUUUAAAAAAUGUUUUCAAGUGGGAAAACAUUUUUCUGCAGAAUUAAAAAAACACGUGAUUUUACUUGUAAGAGCCAUUCCUUGGUAGGUUCAGUGCUGUAAUCUGGGUAUAAUAAUGAAAGCAUUCAAACUCAAACAUUACAGAUCACGAACAGUUGUUUGAAUAGAAGCGAUGCCACAUUUCACUGUGGGCUGGUGUCAGUGGAAUGCCGCUUUGAAAUGGUUUGGGAAAGAGCUGAAGAGAAGAGAAAAAUAUCAGCAUGUUAUAAAAUCUCUCUUAACUGGGAAAUUAAUGGCUUCAGACAUACUCAGACACCAACCAUAACACAAACAUGCCAUAGUGGGCCUUAGGAUCACCACUGCCCCACUUCACAUUAUUUUGAAGCUGCUUUUUCUCCUUUCAUUUUUGGAAACAAAACAUCUUUUUCUGUUUUGUCUAAAUGCAGGAAAUGAUUUGUGCAGACCAUAGUUAAGAAACUGGGAUACCCUGGUUGGAUACCCUGUUUCGUUACCUAACAAUGGUUUGCACAAACCACAAUCUUCUCCAUGUGGACAAGACAGGAAACAGGUUUGUUUUAAACUGUGAGUGAAGGUUUCACCUUUCUUCCCCUCAUAUGUGAAGAAGGGAAGGCUGCACAAUCCCAAGCCCCACCACGGUGUGUUUUCUUAUCACAAUAAGGUUAUGGUUUGCUGUUAUGUCUGAAUGCAGUCUGUUCUCAUUAUAUCACAGGGUAUGUGUCAUUCCGAGUUUUUGGGUCACCAAUCAAACCCAGUCAUUUCUCAGUCUCAGUUAUUUCUAGAGACGCUGAGGUUUUAGAGAAGAAAGUCAGAAAGAAAGGUGGCCACCUUAAAAAGUGGGAGUGAAAGAGACCCAGGAUGCAAUUUUGGGAUAAUUUUAUUGAUAGGAUACAUCUUCCUUAACAUUUUGGUCUAAGAUACGGGGAAGAGCCAUAACUCAUUAGAAUUAAGCUUAGUACCUUUUAAGUCAUUGUGUACUUAAAAGUAGUAUGGGACCAUGCAGAAGGAUCAAUGUAAUGGCCUGAAUAUACUUGCAACUGAAUAACUCAUAACUGGGUUUUUUAAUUUUAAAAUAUUCAUAUUCAAGCCAAACCUGAGAGUUGUAUCUUAUAUGAAAUGGCCCAGUAACAGUCUCCUGAGGAUAAAUAACGGGUUUGUGUUAAUGACUGCAGCCUCUUUGAGCUGGUCACCGCUCCCCCGAGGGAAUGUCUCUUAGUAGCUUGAUUCAUUAUAACUGCAAUAAAUAUAUAGCAUACUUGGGCAGGGGUGGCGAAGGAAGCAUAGAAUAUAUAAAUAUAAUGGGAAAGCCAGGCUGGAAGCCAAAGUACAGUUCAUUCUUAAGGACAAUUCCCUGUAGCUCAACCUGGUUGCACUAGCAGCAAAGAAACCCCUCUCUCGUUUCUCUGGUGAUUCUUACAUAUAUUUCUACCUUUGCCUUUACAGCAACAUACUGGACCAACCCCCAGUUUAAAAUUAGGCUGGAUGAGCCAGAUGACAACCACACAGGAAGUGGGAGUGAACCAUGUUGCAGCAUCCUGGUGGGCUUGAUGCAGAAGAACCGUAGGAGGCAGAAGAGGAUGGGGGAAGGGCUGCUCAGUAUUGGCUACUCCCUUUAUCAGGUAUAUUACUCAUUGCUCCUUGAUACUUUCUGCCCCGCUCCACUUUCCAUCAACCUCAGACAGCAUGGCCUGUGACUAGGUGAAUGGGAGAUGGAGUCCAUCAACAGCUGGUGUGCCAUCAGUUCUCCACACCUGCCUGAGUGCCGAUCAAUAACAGCAUUGCUUCUCUCUGUGCAUUUAUUCUGUGGUGCCACAAAAUAGCGGUGGAACACAUGCUGUGCUCAAACAAGGUUCCAGAUUCAACCCACAGUAGCUGGUUGGAAAUACUGCUCCUGGUCUGAAUAAAUAGCAUUCAGCUACCUGGAUAGAUGCCUUGCCAUAAAGCAGCUUUCUGCAUUCAGCAAGAUUCUUCAGAGUUCCGUCCUGAAAGCUCAGCUGUGAAAUACCUUGAAAAGGCUCAAAUCUUGUGAAUGCAAAGCCAAGGCAGGCUGAUGUACAUGAAUCCAUCCCUGGUGGGGGAGACUAGUGCAGUGCACAACCAGAUUGUAUAACAAAAAUUCUCUUAAGAUGCUCUGAAAUUGGCAUUGGCCUCAGAUUACCAAACCAGGCAAAAAUGACGGAAUGUUUAAGUUGGAGCAGAGAUAUUGCUGAGAAAGGUUCAUCUUUGGCUGAGUGUGCAGGAAAGGGUGGUCACCAGGCAUAACAGACCAGCUGUUCAAAUCCAUUAAAUAUUCCUUUGGUUGACUUUUCAUCCAGCUGCUUGUGAAAAAUAUAGAGCCACCAUCUUUCACCAGGCCUUUAUGUCUCUUCCCCUUUAUAUGUCUCUUGCAGGUGCCAAAAGAGGUACAUAAACUGUGCUGGAAAUAUGCAUUCUCCAAAAUAAAAAGAUCAUCUACUGCUUCUUGAAGGCUGAUGUGCCCCAAACUGACAAUUGCCUUGCUGACAUAUGAGGGACAUUUGGUUUCUAAGGGCGUAUGCUGACUAUUUUUGGAAGGAAGGAAAGAAAACUUUUAACUUAAGGGCUUAUUUGCGGGGAAAGUGGUCCUAAGAUGGCAGUUCAGAGGUGUUUAAUGUGCUUUUCAUCUCCCAUUACAUUGCUUCUUUGAAAGGAGGCUUUCCUGAAUGUCAGAUUUGUUGGUUCAGCACACCACACCUCAAGCAUAUGUGGACUGACCACGGGGGAGGGUUAUAUGUAACCCAAAUAAUUGCUCAUAAAGGAUUUAUUUAAGUUUGCUGGGUGUAGGGCAGGGGGAGAAAAGAACACUAAAGUUUAAAAACAAAUAAAUUGUGUGGUACAGAAAUAGGGAUUGGGAGAGAAUUUCCACAUUUUAUCAGAAUAUUAGAAGUCAAGGUCACCCAAUUAAAUUGACUUGUCCUAGAUCCAGGAUGGAUAAAAGAAGUACUUCCCACAACACACUUAUGAUGCUUAACUGCUGCAAGUGAUGGCUAUGAGUUUAGACCAGGCAUAGGCAAACCCGGCCCUUCAGAUGUUUUGGGACUACAGAUCCCAUCAUUUCUGACCACUGGUCCUGUUAGCUAGGGAUGAUGGGAGUUGUAGUCCCAAAACAUCUGGAGGGCUGAGUUUGCCUAUGCCUGGUUUAUACAAAGAAAAUAAAAAAGGAGGAGGCCUAUCAGUGGCUAUUAGCCAUGGUGGUUGAAUAGAACCCCCCCCCCCGCCAUUUUCCCUAAGUCAGUAUACCUCCAGAUACCAGCUGCUGGAGGCAACCCCCCCCCCCGAGGGCUAUUGCUUUUAUUUUCUGUGCUUGUGGGCUUCUUGAAGGCACCUGUUGGCCAUUGUCAGAAACAGGAUGGUAGGCUAGGUAGACUUUUGGUCUGGUCCAGCAAGGAACUUCUUUCGGAGUGGUGGUUGUAUAAAACCAUGCAUGCCACGCUGCUGCUGCUGCUGCUGCUGCUAGUGCUACUACUGUGUGUGUGUGUGUGUUUAGAAGUAGUAGUGCUUCCCCACACUUCCAGUUUGCUACUGUAUUGCACAAACCACAUCGCAGGAAGAGAAGCUUAGAGCUAAGUGAGCAAGUUAAGGGAAAGGUGACAUCCUCCUGUUGGAACCCAGCUGCUCUAAACAAAUUCAGCUGUUGCUUUCCACAACAAUGCCUAAGAAUCACAGCAAUGCAUAUUGUAAAGAUAUUCUAGGCUAUAAUUCUGCAUCAGACCAGCAUGGGAAGUUGCACCUGAUUCCAGUUGCUAAUGUAUGUUUGCUGUUUGACAUUUCUAGUUAAGAGAUAUAUGCUAUCAGUAGACAAUGGAGUACACCCUGUUUCAAACAAACUCCACCUUGCCUUAAUGAGUCACAUUUUGAAAUGCAAGCUCACGCUGCAAAGGCACUGUUUAAACAUUUAUUGUUUUGCUUUUGUGCUUUUGUUCAAUUUAAGGCACCCAAUUUCCUCUUAUAACUCAUGCAGAGCUUUGGAACAGAUUUGUAUUAUCAGUUAUAAUAUAAAGAUGCUUGUAUGUUGCAAGCUCGGAUAGUAGAUUAGCAUUUGGUGGAAGGUGCAGAAGAAAAUGAGCUGUGGAAAAGCUGCUUUCUUGAGAUUUAUACAGGCUGAAGGUACGUCUACACACUGUGGAAAGCACCUCAUGUUUUUGAUAAACUUAAUAUGCCAACUCAUCAGUUUGUAGGGAAAACUUUGUAGGAAGAAGAUUAUGGAGAUGGCAGGGGGAUGGCAAGAGACUGGUGAAGCAGAGAUUAAAUCUCAUUUAGAGAGCAGCUGUGUGCCACAUGCUAGUUAUGGCUGUCUCAAAACAGCAGACCCAGUUAUUUGAAACACUUAACUUAGGCUGUGUGUACACCAUAAAUGAAAAGUGUAUUUAAAGCACAUAGCUUCCUUCAAAGAAUCCUGGGUGUAGUUUAACCUUCAUAGAGCUACAAUUCCCAGCACCCUCAACAAACAACAGUUCCCAGGAUUAUUUGGGGGAAGCCACAUGCUGUAAAGGGACGCGGGUGGCGCUGUGGGUUAAACCACAGAGCCUAGGCUUGCCGAUUGGAAGGUCGGCGGUUCGAAUCCCUGCGACGGGGUGAGCUCCCAUUGUUCGGUCCCUGCUCUUGCCAACCUAGCAGUUUGAAAGCACAUCAUAGUGCAAGUAGAUAAAUAGGUACCGCUCCGGCGGGAAGGUAAACGGCAUUUCCGUGUGCUGCUCUGGUUCACCAGAAGCGGCUUAGUCAUGCUGGCCACAUGACCUGGAAGCUGUAUGCCUGCUCCCUCGGCAAUAAAGCGAGAUGAGCACCGCAACCCCAGAGUCGGUCACAACUGGACCUAAUGGUCAGGGGUCCCUUUACCUUUGCCUUUACAUGCUGUAAAUGCCCUGCUGGAUCACAUCAGAGACUUAUCUAGUUCAGUAUCCUGUUCUCACAAUGGCCAGCCAGAUGCCAUUUGGGAAGCCCAUAAGCAGGACAUGAACACAGCAGCAGCAUCUUCCUUGUGUUCCCUGGUAACUGGCAUUAUGAGCCCUAAAUACCUCUAGAACUUGAGGCAAUAUAUAGUCAUCCCAGUUAGUGGCCAUUGAUAGACUUCUCCUCCACUAAUUUGUCUAAUUUAUUGGUUUGUUUUAGUGUUUGUUUUAUGCAUUUUGUGUUCUCAUUUAGUAUUAUGUUGCAAACCACCCUGUAAUUUUUGGAUGAAGGGCGGUAUAUAAAAUUUAAUAAUAACAUAAACAAAUAACAAAUGAAUAAUCCUGUUUUGCUGUUGGCGGCCAUCACAACAUCCUAGCAGGUGAACCUUGGUGGCCAGCAAGGAAUAUGUGCAGGACAAAGUUGAGAGGAGACCCAGUAUGUUGACUGGGGAAAGGUUACCUGGUUUAUGCUCCCACUUGGAUGGAAUUGUUUCUUGUGUCCUAUGUCUUGCUAGCUGUUUUAUCCUGAUUUUUCAUUCUCACUGUUCUCACUAGCUGGGAAAUCAAACUGAUGUUCAUCUAAGCAGAGAUUUCUUCUUGACGAACCGACCUGUCGCUCGCACCGACACAUACGUCAACUUGCGUGAAGUCUCAAACCGCUUCCACCUAGCUCAGGGAGAAUACCUCAUUGUACCUUCUACAUUUGAGCCUUUCAAAGAUGGAGACUUCUGCCUUAGAGUCUUCACAGAGAAACAGGCUAAAGCUCAGUAUGUAUCUUGUACCCCAAUGUGCCAAAAGGCAUUGUCCCUUUGCACUCAGUGCAUCAAAGCUGUGGCUUGAUCAGGUGUCUAAUCAGGCUUAUAGCUCAUGACCCCCCCUUUUUUUUGCUCUCUAAGUUCUCAUUAGGGAGGAAUGACUAUUCAACCAUGUUCCAUUAUGCCUCUGUUGGCAUAGUGACUGAAGUGAUAUAAUAAAAGACGAAUGAAAAGAUAGUUGGGGUGGAUCUUGGAGUUUGGUGAAGAAAACUUUAAUUUAUAUGCAUAGACAUUUUGCUUGUUUGUUUGUUUGUUUGCUGCCCUUGACCAUAAGGUCCAGGGUGGAUUACAGCAUUAAACACCACAUUAAAAACAGUUUAAAACAACUUGCAAUCAUAACAACAAACAGUUUACAAGAAAAGUGGUGGUGGUGAGAACACCUCCACUCACUGAUUUCCCCAUUCCUUUUUAAAUCCCCUUUCCUUCACCAGAACCUAUUUAGCAUGUUUUUCUUUGGACGACAAUCAAAUAUUCAAUUAGUUUGAAAAUGUUCCUUUUAUGGACCAGGGUAGAAGUUAAGUCCAUGUCAGAUGGAAACAGCAAAAGCAAGUGUACACAAUUUGGUUCUGGAGUAUUAAGGUGAAUGAACCAUUUUGUCCCUAGUAGAUAAAGGAUCUUGCAUGGUUACCUUAAGGCUGAGAUAGCCAGUGCGGUCCCCUUCAGAUAUUAUUAGAAUUCCAUGAGUCUGUGUCUAAUGAUAAUGGAUGAUGGGAGUUGUAGUCCAGCAAUGUCUGGAGCGUGCUAUGUGGGCUAGCUCUCAUCUGCUCCCAUACAGACAAUCUCAGGCUUUAAGGUCUGCCUCAGGCCCGCCACUCUCUAUACCUUCAUCUUGGAUCAUCAGGCAAGUAAGCAUGAGUGUCAGGGCCUUCUCAGUGGUGGUACUGCACCUCUGGAGUAACCUUCCACUGGAGAUGCAUCGGAAUAUCUCUCUACUGUCUUUUUAGAGAGACACCAAAAACAUUUCUGUUUCAACAGGGAUUUAAUGUUUGAUCGUGUUACUGUUUUAAACUGUUCUUAAAACAAACAAAACUAUUGUAAGAUUGUUAUCAUUUUAAGUUGCGGCAUUUUAAAGCUUUUAUCUUAGUAGUUUGAUUUUACUUAAUUGUAUUGGGCUGCAAUUUAUUUUAAUGGGCCCAUUCUAAGCAUGACUAAACCAAGAUUCAGCACACUGAAAUUUUUGAUGUAAGCUAUUUCUGAGUGUUUCUCUGAUAAGGAGAACAGGAUAUUUAAUUAUAUUCUUCUUAUUAUUAUUUUUUCCUCACAGGGAAAUGGGUGAUACUGUGGCUGCAAAUCCAUAUGAGGUAAGCAAAUCAAGUGGGGUCAAAUUCACAGAUUCAGCUUUGGGAUACAGAGCCUUAUUACUGCAAAAGCUGAGGACCUCUUUGUUGUAGCCCAGAAAGUGUUGUACGCUAAAGAAAAUAGUUCUUUCUUUGCAUCCAUAAGGCUUAAUUCACUGACUUCUUUGCACAACUCGUUUCUGGAGAAGCAAAAUUCUGCACCAUAAAGCCUAAGAUCAAUCACAAUGUUUGACAAACGUAGCAGAGAUGACAGACUUCCGCUUAGCAAAAGCAACCUUUUAAGUUUCUGUGCUUACUGAGCCAGCUUCUCAGGUUUCUGUUCCUUUCAGAGCUUAUUUUGACUCAGGAGCCCUUUGGAGGAAGCCUCAGACCUCGGUGUAAAAUGUAACAUUAUUCAUGAUUUCUUUUAGCCUCAUGUUGCAGGCAAGGACAUAGACAGCGAGUUCAAGAGCCUGUUUCAAAAACUUUCUGGGGAGGUAAGAGGGUUUCUGUGCUAUGAUAAAUAUUCAUACCAGGGAGAAGAGUCGGGGGAAGAAGAUUGGAAGAAAUUUAAAGACUAUUUACAGAAAUAUUGCAAAAUUAAUGAAUGUUAGAAUGAUGUCAGAAUGAAAUUAAGUGGUCUUAGCAGCAAUGUUAUAAAGGUGUAUGUACAAAUGGAUUGUUAACAGAUGAGAAUCUAAAGUUAUAAUAUGUUAAGUUAAAGGAUUAAGACAAAAACAAAGAGGGAAAGGAAUUGCUGAAUUAACUAAUAGAACUGGAAUACAAAAAAGGGAGGUGUGAGGAAGUCAGGGAAGUAAGGAAAUGAAAUGUAAGUUAUGGAAAGAUUGAUGUGUUUUUCUUUUAAGUGUUUUCUAUCUUUUUUCUGUAUUUUGUAUUUUGUAUUUUUUAUUUCUUUUUCUUUUUCUUUUCUUUUUACCUAUGUAAUUUUUUCUUUGAAACUUUAAUAAAUAUCAUUUAAAAAAAAUAUAUGAUAAAUAUUCAGAAUUAGGCAAAUGCUUCAAAGAUUUCCCAGUGCAUUGGCUGCUUCUUUUUACUAACACAGUUGGCAGUAGACUCCUGGAGAGCCGCUUUUCUCGUUCUCAGUCUUUUUAUUCCUGCACCAUGUUCACCAUCACUUGAUGGGGGAACUGACAGAGAGGAAACUGGUCCUUUAAGCAUACCCCUCCCCAGGAAAGAGGAAGGACCUGAGAGAGGUGUUCUGGGCUGAGAAGCACAAAAGGCCUUAUUUGAACUUUAGACGUCAUUGGACCAAAUUGGCCACUUGGAGCUCUCUCAGGUCCUGAAGUCUGAUCUUAUCUGUCCCCUGGCAACUUAAUAUGCUCCUGCUCAAGAACAGGACAAUGAGGAAACAGCGCCUUGUAGACCCCAAUUGCCUUCUUUUUAACCUAUUCUACAUAUCAAUGUGCCACAGAGGAAAAUCGGGAUGCGGGUCUUUUGGGGCCGCGCUCCUGCACGAGUCAUGUGAUUCACGGAAGAAUAUGACCCUCCCCCAAAACCCCACAUGUCUUUCAGAGCCGUGCUCUUGUGGCACCCAGGUGACCUUCACAAUAGCACGGUUCCCCCAAAAAGGCAUCUUUUGGGGCUGCGCUCUUUCAGGAGCCAAAAGAGGACAUCUUGGAAUCCAGGCAAAAGGCAGAGGGCCUUUUUGGUAGUGGCACCUGCCCUGUGGAAUGUACUCCCAACAGAUGUCAAGGAAAUAAACAACUAUUUGACUUUUAGAAGACAUCUGAAGGCAGCCCUGAUUAUGGAAGUUUUUAAUGUUUAAUGUUUUAUUGUGUUUUUAAUAUCCUGUUGAAAGCCACCCCGAGUGGCUGGGGAUGCCCAGGGUAUAAGUAAUAUUCUUCUUCUUCUUCUUCUUCUUCUUCUUCUUCUUCUUCUUCUUCUUCCAGGAUGUCCCACUUAAAGUAGGACAGUUGAUAGACAUGAUUCUAAACACUGCCCUCCAAAUCCAGUAGCUGUAACGUGCAUAUAGGACAUCACUGUGGAUACCAAUCUACAGUAAGCCAGGGCCUUGUCCCAUUUACUUCUAUGGGAGAAAGAGCCCUUCCCUGGAAUGGGAGUGUGCUUAUGGAGCUAUUCUGACAUUUGAAGAGAAUAGGGUUACCAGCCCUAUAUACAAGGGAUGCGGAACUUGUGGUCCUCCAGAUGUUGCUAGAUUCUGACCCCCAUCAGCCCCAGACAGCAUGGUCACUGGCCAAAGAUGAUGGGAUUUAUAGUCCAGCAACAUUUGGAGUGCCACAAGUUCACCAUCUCUACUAUAUACUAUGCACCAGCUUCAUUGUGUAGUUACAUUCCUUAUCAACAGUGUGAGCAUCCCUUUGUCUUCUUAGAGCUCUGUUUACUUCUUGUGGAAGCCUUUGUCCCUGGCCUUUUAUCAUUAACUUACACACCCAACAGCUAUCAUCCACUAAAAAUAAAUUUAAAUUGAAUUUGGAGAGCUGGGGCAGAGAAGUCUCUCUUGGUUUUUGUUUGACAUUAGAUCUAGGAUAGAGGCUAGGUUUAGCCAGAAGGUAAGGGUUUGGUUGCCACGGUUGUUAAAUCUUAGAUUUGACUCCUUUUCUGCAGAACAGUGAAAUGACUGCUGAUGAACUUCAGACUGUUCUGAACAGAGUUGUGUCAAAGAGUAAGUUGCAGUCACUGCUUCAUAAUUGUGGGGGGAGACUCAAAUACACACUCAAAUACGUAUAUCCAGAAUUAUAUUCAAAACCAGUCUGAAUAAUUCCUAACCGUAACUGCCAUUAUGCUUUUCUUAAAUUGCUUGUUAUUGUUGCAACUGAUUGCUAUACAACUUUCAGAAUGAUAGCUAUAUUAUUUUGCGUAAUAAAGCCAGAAAUACAAAAAAAUAAUAAUGCAUAUUUCUGCAGUUCCUCAGAGUAUGCAUGAGAAUUUUGCAUUUAUUUAAGUUCAUUUCUACUACGAAUUCCAGGGUUGUAGUGUGGGUUUAGGUGAAGCAUUGAUCCAGCUUAGAUUAGUUUGUACCUGUUUAUAUUUUCUUUUUGAAAAUGUUUUAAAUAAAGUUGUUGUUUUUUGGGGGGGCACCACAAAGAGAACUGAUUUGCCACAGAAUCAGCUCUUGCCUUGUAAUCACAUCUUUCUGCUGAUGUUCUUGUGAAAUAGCACUAGAAUCUUCCCUCUGUGAGAUGUUCAGCUGUCUUCAAAAUGAUCUAGCAUAUUUUUCCUUAACUGCAAAGGCUAACCAUGCACAAAGAUAACUCCCUAGUGUUUCCAGGGAAUGCAGAUAAAUAUUUGUCUAACAUAUUUUUUGCCUUUUUCAUUGUAUAGGAAGAGACAUUAACAGUGAUGGAUUCAGCAUAAACACCUGCAGGGAGAUGAUCAGCCUCUUAGAUGUAUCCUUUAAAUGUCACUCUUCUCUACUGGAUUUCCCUUGUGAACCUUUUGACUAGAUAAGGCAGGGCUUAACGUGUCUCAUUUUCCUGGCACAUCUGUCUUCACUUGCUGUAGGCAUAAAGUGCAGAGUGUCGAUCUAAACAGCUUAGUAUAGCAAGGUUAUUAACCCUUUGUUUCUGGUUGCGUGCUUGGUUUCCCAUUGUAUUGUGUUCAAGUUCUGCUGGGAUGUAUGAGAAUUUGUCAACGAUCCCUGCCUGGAUUUAGCUGUGGUUGUGUUGUUAUGAACCACCUGGCUGCGAUUCUAGUCCGAUCAUCAGAUCAUAGGUUGCUCUCCUUUUAUACACAAGGAAGAUGUACAAUGAGAUUUGGAGAGCUGUGGGGAGAGUGGGCCAAAUGGUUAAACCGGCCCCUCCUAUCCACAUGGCUCGGCAAAUAUGGAGGAAAUAAAAGCUGGAGGAACUGCCAAUCUUCACAGCAUGCCCUUUUCUCAUAGGAGAGUAAUUAACAAUGCAAAUGAUUUAACAUGCUAGAAUGAAUUUAAUAUAGCUGUGUAGCCAGGUGGCUGGCAGAGAGCCACAGGGAGGGCUGGUAGAGAAGACAAGCUGUAAUCUAGAGGGAUGAGCUGUGCUGCUUCAGCAGAAAGUCUGCAUAGGGAAAAUAAUGGUCGAACUGGACUCAGGUGCACCCCUAGGGCCUUCAGAACUGUGCACUUAGAAAGAAGCCUUUGGUAUCUCAGUCUCCACACCUACAUGAUGGCUGAAGUCCUCUGUUCUAUUUUAUUUGUCUUCUUCUGUGCUGGUCUACACCUGCAGCUGAAUGUGGGGAAAGGGAGUAAAGACAGGAGAAUAGACUCAUCCCACUUCAAGUUGCAGAUGGGAGAAAAGCAGUGCUCCUUUCCUUCCUCAGAACAAACAAACAAAUGCCACAGAAACCUCCAAAGUAGGAAACUGGCACGGCAGAGAGAGGGGCCUGUUCUAUUCCAUGUGGCAGCCUCUGCAAUGCAGGGGUUCUGACCCAAGACAAAAGUUAAGGUUUCAGCAACAGAACAAGGUAAGCCAAAGUCGGAUAAGGUCUAGGUCAGGCAGUGCAGUGAAAUUUUUCGUAGGGGAGUAGUUAGGGCCAGAUGUGCCAGCUUGCGAGGGCACAUGGGGGUGAAGGCUUCCACCGGGAUUUCCUGAUGUUGCAUGCGUGAGCAUCGCGCCUCCUUCCCUAAGCUGUACAGAAGCUUCCUGGGCUUUGGAAAGAAGGCACUAGGGUUUAAUACUUUAAUACUCUUAAUUUACCGGGAAAAUUUAGGGGACUAGCCUAGUUCCUCAAGUCCACUGACUGCACACCACUGAGGUCAGGUGUGGUGAACCACUAGUCUUCCAGAUGUUUCUGAACCACAAAGUUUCCCACACCUGGUUUAGAUUUCGGUGAGGCAAGAUGAGGCCAGAAUUUAGUGGUGCCGUAUCUAGUUCAGGCUGGAGAGUCCAUAAGAUCAGAACUUGAAUGUUGUUGCCUAUUUCAGGCUCAAAAUGAGGUUUAAAGAGGAGCUGCUGCUCUAGCUCCACCUUCAGUGAAAGGAGCCUCCUCACUCAAGGGGCCCAGCCUAUUUUACAGUCAUCACUCUCAUAGAGUGAGGGGCAAAUUGAGCUUCUGAGUGUGAGUUCUCAGAGUCAGAGGUGGGCAGUGUGACCUUCUUCAGCCAGAGAGCCAGUGUGGUGUAGUGGUUAAGAGCGGUGGGCUUGUAAUCUGGUGAACCGGUUUCGCGUCUCCUCUCCUCCACAUGCAGCUGCUGGGUGACCUUGGGCUAGUCACACUGAAGUCUGAAGUCUCUCAGCCCCACUCACCUCACAGAGUGUUUGUUGUGGGGGAGGAAGGGAAAGCAGAAUGUUAGCCACUUUGAGACUCUCUAGGGUAGUGAUAAAGUGGGAUAUCAAAUCCAAGCUCUUCUUCUCUUCUACCAUGGAAUCCUCUUGUGUUAGGGCUUCCAGGUUGGUAUAAGCAUCAGGCUCUGACUCUGAAGGCAGUUCCCUCUCCUACUCUGAAUCCCUAGCCUGACCCUCCAAAGAUGAGGAUUCUUGCAUUAGCAUCAUGAUAGGGUCACCAUGGGGUCCCCCCAGGGAGUUUUCUCAUUCAGAAAUAGGUAACCUCCACCUACAGCCUCAAGUGGUAUGGUUUAUUCUGCACUAGGGUUUCUAUUACAUCAGUCAAUGUCUGUGGAGACCAAGCCUCAGUCUCUCCUUUUGUCUUUUUUUUUUAAAAAAAUAAUAUUUAUUGAGAAUUUUAAGAUUACAAAGAAACAAAGAGAAAAAGAAGGAGAAAACAAAUAACAAUUAAACAAUACCAAUCAAUAAAAAUCAAAGUCAAAAAGGAAAAGCAAAACACAUAAUACAUCAAAAGCAAAAAGCAAAAAUAAACAAAAAAUUAAAAACAGAUCCAAUAUUCCCAAAUCCUUAACUGUCAUUACCUUAUUUCAUCGACCUCCUCGCACCUCCCUUUUUUGUAUUCUAGUUGUUAAUUAUCUCAGCAAAUCCUUUCCAUCUUUCAUAAUAUUCUGUCAUUAAUUUACCUUAAUCUAUUUUAACCUUAUCUUACCAUAAAAACCCUAAAACUUAAAACUUAAAUCUUAUUUAUACCAAUUUCUCAUGACCAUAACAUAUUCUUACAUAAUUCUUUUUAACAUUUCUGCUAAAGCCAAAUAAUUUCCUUCCAACAUUUUUCUAAUACUCAUUAAUUUUACAAAACUUUCCUAAAUAAAUUUUUAAAAACUUUCUUCCAAUCUUCAUCCAACGUCUCUUCCUCCUGGUCUCGGGUUUUGUCAGUCCUUUCUAUCCCAUCCAUCUAGUUCAUCAACCUGGUAACCUUAUGUCCGAGGCUCUUAAAUCUCUUCCAUGUCCCUUCCGCAGGUCUUCUUCAUAUUUAUACCUGUACUUUACUUUGUCUUCUGCUCCUUUCACUCGUGGAGACUCCAGCUUGACAAUAUUUUUGUCCCUUCUCGACAGAUCAGCCCCUUUUCCAUAGUCAACACUGAACUCCAUGUGGUAUUUAAAAGCAUGUUUCAAGGUCCCUCCAAAGUUAAGGACCCCCACAACUCCGAACUCCUCCCGGCCCAAGGCCAGACUUGAAAGGUCAAAACAUCCCUGCAUAGGGGGGUCUAUCCAACCCCCCAUCUCCAAGCCAAACAAGACUCUAUCUCUCCAAAUCUGGCUUUUUCCAGGUUCAUUCGUCAAAUCCAACAACUCAUGUUCCUGCUGGGCCACAGUUCCCUCCAUCUCUGCCUCCCGAGGUCCAGCAACAACCUCCUCCCUCAUCUGAUCUGUCAGAGCACACUCCUGGAUUAAUUCCUGAGUGGGUUCUAUAUAUGUACCCACUGCCUGUCCAAAAUUUCCGAUCGCAACAGUCAUCAAAUCCGUCUUCUCAUGUAACUGUUCCAAUAAGGCACUUGUCUUGCAGAAGGCAAGCACCAGAGCCUCCGAGUACAUUCUUGUUCAAGGUCAGAGUCUAAUCCCACGAUCUUAAUCUAUUGCAGCUGCACAGCUCCCCAGUUCGGAUUUAAUAACAGUUUCGCAAGAUCCCUCUAGGGGGAAAAGCUUCUAUUUGUAUCCAUCUCUCUCUUUUUUUAAAAGCAGAUCUAACAACAAAGAUAUUUUGUCAAUAUUUUGUUCCUUUUAGAUGCGAAAGGGAACAAUGGAAUCAAUAUGUUUCUCUUCUUUUAACUAUCUGUCAAAAACGUUUGUCUAUAGUCAAUGAACUUCCCGAGGACGUCUGUCCUGACACCCCGCUCCCAGGUUCAAGACGGUGGAAAAUUGCUUUUCUUUACUCUCUCUUCUGCAGGUUUAAACAGUCCAGAAAAAGUUCCCCCCUCUUCUCCUGCUUCCAAGGGGGGUUCAGUAAUUUUAAAUGAUGACAGUUGAUCCUUUACAGACGACUUUCUAAACUCUAGCUUGCCGUGUCUUUGCUUUAAUCUAUCUACAAAAGCGGAAAGGCGGACUUCCUGUUUAGACCUUCCCGCUUCAGUGCCAAAUUAAAAGAAAUUUCUUAAUCCAAUUUUCCGUUCUACUCACGGGCAGUUAUUUAAAAUCCAAUUGUCCACAGGAAAAAGUCAGCGCUCUCCGGCAACAGCAAUGCGGCUUCACUCCGUGAAAGAAGCAGUCGAUUCAGAGCACCGCGCCACUCACCCCACGUCGCUCCGGAUCCCCGAAACCAGGUUUCCCCGUGAGUAGGGGAGGCGCAAAAGGUGCCAGCCGAAUCCCACGUCCACAGGCUUCUCCCGCCUGUGGUUUUUGAUGGGUCUCCACCUCGCUGUGGAGGUUCAGACCCCUUUUUCCACGGAGCGGAUUCCUCCCGAUCGGAGGAAAUCCGCCAUUGCCAGAGGCGCCAACCUCUUCAGAUCGUAUAAAUCUUUCACCUUUUACAGUCUCUCCUUUUGUCAAGCCCUUCCCCUCCUCAAUCCCUUCUCACUCCUUACACUCUGCACAAACAGCCUAUUGUCUUUGCCUUCAUAUUUUUCUCUGGCCUUCAUUUCAUUCUGUUCUGCCUGCAUAUCUCCCAUUAUCUGUUCAUCUAGCCAUGAACUCUCUCCACUUUCAAAUCUCUCUUUAAAUUUCUUUCAUGCCAGAGACAGAGAGUGGAUUUUAAUAACUACUGAAAGUGGUUAAGAUGGUGGGGGACCUUUUGCCCUCUGGUUUGAAAACACAUUUCUUUGUCGCUCAUGGUCUUCUCUGGAACAACACAAGUACCUCUCACUAGACCAAAUAAUGGGGUGACUGUACACACCAAAGUCAAACAUGCUUUUCUUGUACAUUUUCUCUACAUUUGGAAACAGUAAUUCAAGAAGCAAAUAAAAUCUUUCCUCAGGCACCUUGGCCUCACUUUACCUGCUCUUCCACUGUCUCUGACCCCCCCAUCUCUGUUUGAUGUACAUUAUAACCCUCUGGCCACAGAUCAGAUCAUGCCCCUAGCAGAACUGCCUUGUGGGUAAGAAGGACCAUGGGCAGUUGUAUGGAUAAAGGUAAAGAUAAAGGGACCCCUGACCAUUAGGUCCAGUCGUGACCGACUCUGGGGUUGUGGUGCUCAUCUCGCUUUAUUGGCCGAGGGAGCCGGCGUACAGCUUCCGGGUCAUGUGGCCAGCAUGACUAAGCCACUUCUGGGGAACCAGAGCAGCGCACGGAAACGCCGUUUACCUUCCCGCCGGAGCGGUACCUAUUUAUCUACUUGCACUUCGAUGUGCUUUCGAACUGCUAGUUUGCAGGAGCAGGGACCGAGCAACGGGAGCUCACCCCGUUGCAAGGAUUCGAACCGCCGACCUUCUGAUCGGCAAGUCCUAGGUUCUGUGGUUUAACCCACAGCGCCACCCACGUCCCGUUGUAUGGAUGCCUCAUCUUUAAACAGAGAAAACUAGCUUCAUGGCUAGGUUGUGAGAAUGAGGAUGGGGACCACAAAGUUCUUUGCGCAAUUAAAGAGCUGUAGACUUAAGAAACAUUUCUCUGGAGUAAUGGAGUGCUUCAUCACUUACCUCUGCUGCCAGCUUCCCUUCGCUCAUUGUGAAGUGAGGCAGAAGCCUGCUUUUAGCAAGAUGGCUGUGAGGUCAGUUCUUUGCUCUAAUGAUGGUUCUAAGAGGCAAUGGGUCAUUUGCUGGCUUCUGUGAUGCCAGAACUGGACACAAUGUUUUGCUUAUUAUGCCAGAUCGUUCAACGCAAUUUCUUUCAGCAAAAAGGGAAAAGAGAGAUGAUGUGCUUGGGACAGACCUGCCACUUCUGUCUAGAAGGUCACGGAUACCAGAUGCAACUCAGCUUUGCUGCAAUCACUGGGGUCUGGAUUGUACCUAUGUAGCCUGCUCCUGUGCAAGCUGACUCAUAAAUAAGCAUACAUGCAGAACUGGCACCUUUUUACAAGUGCCAUAUCGUGUGACAGCACAAAAGCUCUGGAACUCCCUGCAGGUCGCUAUCUUGUUUUCAGCACCUGCAAAACUUUUUUUUAUUUAAGCAAGUCUGAGUAGAUGUACAAUUUUGACAGGCAUUUUAAUGUGCAGGUUUAUUUUAUUAUGUGUUUUGGGGUGGAGAAAGUCUGGCCCAUCGGAUAUAGUUAGUCUCCAACUCCCAUCAGCCCCAGCAAACAUAAAUUAGGCAGAAAGAGAGUUGGGAGUUGAACAGCAUCUGAAGGGCCACAGCUUCCUCAUCUCUGGUUUUACUUACAUUUUGAUUUAUAUUUUUUUGGAUGUUGAUUUAAUCAGUAUUUUAAAUGUCUAUUUUAUACAAACCACUUGGAGGUCUUGACGAUUAAGUGGCAUAUAAAUAUCUUGUUAAAUAUAAAUAAAUAAAUGUCUUACUCACGGGUAAGUGUGCAUAUAAUCACAGCCUAACAGUGGAGGACUUGGACUUUAAAAUUUCAGCGGUGCCUUGUGUGGUGCCAAAAUUUGGUGUCCAACCCCACCUUCAGUUGUUCAUCAUUGUUGUGGUGCCCCCUGCGGUGCCCUCUCAGCUGAACCGGUCACACUCCCUAUAAUCCGCCUCUGAGCCCAAUUUGUAUUUCAGCAGUUAAUGUCCCAGUAAAUAUUCUGGGAGCACCUGAUAUUGUGGCAAUGUUAAAGUUAAGAAGGUGUGGUCCUUAUCUGUGCUUUGAUGGGAUAACAGGAGGAGUUGCGGAGGAGUUGCUGAUAAGUCAUUGUGUUCUUUCUAAAGGAAGAAUGCAGCAGAAUUGUAGCAAAUGGAACUUAGGCUGCUUGAAAUGUGUGCAGGUUUUUAAAACAAAAGUAUUUUCUGAAAAGGACUUCAAGCAGGUGGCUACUUCUUGUAGUCCAAAGCAUGAUCUAUGUGGCCCUACGAAAAUAUAAUAAAUCACUCUGUAAAAGAGAGCGCAGGAAUCUUCAUCAUACCCUUAUCUAAGCAAACUGAAAACAGCAGGUGUGCCUCCUCUGGGUGGGUUGAAAGUGCAGGUUCAUGCAUCAGGUAAAGUGGCACAUUUUAAUGAGUCAUUCAUUUUUAUCUAGGCCAGAAGUCCUUACUGGCUAAGAGAGAGGGGGGGGGGGGGAAGAGUUAUUUGCUUCCACAGAUUAGACCUUAACUUUCUGCAGAACCAUGGAACUGGUACGUUGGAUCUUUUGGAAUUCAAGAUACUUUGGAUGAAGAUUCAGAAAUAUCUGGUAAAACAGCUCUUUUCUAAAUGUAUUCUUUCUCUUUGAUACAUAAAUGGAUGAGAAAUGGAGCCCUGAAUGCCAGAAAUACAGUUGUUGGGGUUUUUUUUGGGGGGGGGGGAAGUAUGGAAUGUACAUGUAAUGGUCCCAAGGGUAGGAAAUAGUCUUGUAUCCCAUGGACAGCUAAGGAUGUGGGUGGUGCUGUGGGUUAAACCACAGAGACUAAGGAUUCAUGGGGUAUCUUGGGAAUUGUAGUUUGUUAAAGAUGCUGGGAAUUGUAGCUGUGUGAGUUUAGCACCCUUAAUGAACUACAGUCAUGUGACCCUAUUUCUUUUUUUUAAUGGAAGCUGGGAGUCAUGGGAAUAACAAUAAUAUUAAUAAUUUUAUUUGUACCCUGCCCAUCUGAUUGGGUUGCCCCAGCCACUUUGAGAGGCUUCCAACAUAUAUAAAACAUAACAAAAACCUCCCUAUACAGGGCUGCCUUCAAGUGUCUUCUAAAGACUGUAUUCCACAUUCCACAGGCAUUCCACAGGACAGGUGCCACUACUGAGAAGGCCCCCUGCCUGGUUCUCUGUGUCUGCAGGCUACCUCACUUGUCAGAGGCAGAUUGCCUCUGAAAACCAGUUGCUGGCCAACAAAAGUAGGGGAAAUGCUGUUGCCUCUGGGUUCGAAAUGCACGCUUCCUUCCCCUAGGCCUCUGAUUGGUCACUCUGAGAAGAGGAUACUGGACUCAGUUAGGCCUUGGGCCUAAUUCCUCACAUCCUUAAUAACUGAGAGUAGGAUGGGAGAAUGCUAAAUGUCUUCCCACUGUUAGUUUGGCACCUGCCACACACAUGAAAAUGACAUGAAAAUCAUGCUACUUAUAUGCAACUAUAUUUCUUAUCGGGCCCUCGGUACUCAACAUUUUGAUUACUUUUGCAGUAGUGGAUGAAAGUGUGAAAGAACAACUGUGGCAGAACUUCCUACUGAGUUACAGGCCAGAAUAGCUUCUAAUUACACAGCUAGAGCUGGAUAAGAAGCCAUUUGGCACCGAGAACUGUCUGUUGUUCUUUUAAAGUAUUAAUCUCAAUAGAGUUUUAUAUUACAGCCUUUGCCAGAGGAAGGGGGUUAUUUCUCAAAGGCCCGUUUGCCAUGUGGGUGGGCAAGUUGCCAGCCCUGUGGGAGCCAUUUCCCAGGGCACACAGCUUGCUAUUAGUUAAUUGAAUUCCUCCCUCUCCUUCAGUCAUUAACGCUUUCAGAGAGAGGAGGCUCCCUUGCCAGGCAUGAGCAGCAGUGAAUAUCCUAGCCAAACUGAUAGGUCUUCUAAAAUUAUCCUAAAAUGACAACCAACAGCCUUCCCUAUUUCUUUGGCUUAGGAAAUCUAUAAGAAAGUGGAUACUGACUUUUCCGGGACCAUAGAUGCACAUGAAAUGAGAAAUGCUCUCACGGAAGCAGGUCAGUAUCCAAAAUGUAGAGAUGCGGGAUAAAUCCAACUUUUUUUUGAAUUGGAACAAGAAGCCACCUAAUGUGCAUUUCUUGAAUCAAUAUAUGGUGCAGAAAACAGUUCUCCUGUGAACUUUGCACUUCUCUGAAUUUUGCAAUGCAGUCGUCGAACCAAUCACUGGGUGCAAAAUGCAUAUUUUCAGGGGAAAUGUGCAUAAAUAUGCAUACCUUAAUGAAAACAACAUAGAAAGGUGUAUUAUAUUAGGGGAAAUUUCUUGCAAAAAUGUGUAUACAGUCAUACCUCGGGUUACAGACGCUUCAGGUUGCGUUUUUUCGGGUUACGGACCGCCGUACCGGAGGCUCCCUUGUACCGGAAUGGGUUACUUCCGGGUUUCGGCGGUCACACAUGCACAGAAGCGCUAAAUUGCGCUUUGUGCAUACACAGAAGCGCCAAAUCGCAACCUGCGCGUGCGCAGACACACCGCUGCGGAUUGCGAACGUGCAUCCCGCAUGGAUCACAUUCGCAACCCAAGUGUCCACUGUAUUAGUCAAAACUAUAUACAAGAAUGCAGUAGCACCCAGGGUGGGGCAGGUUUUCCACCCCCUGGUGGGCUGGGCAGCUGAGGUGUGGGUGCACCUCAGCCUCCUUGCCCAUUGCCCCCAUCUACCUGUCCACUAGUCCAACCCACCUGCCACUGUUCCUCAGCUGCCAGGGCACUGUGCGUGUCGUGGGGCCCCCUGAUUGCUCUCCCUCAAAAAUGUGUGCCUGGGGCCACCCCCCUGCCCCGCAUACUACGACUCUGCAAGUAGGUGUAUAUGCGGAGAAAUUUGCAUUAACAUGCAUUUCCAUGAUUUUGUUUUUUAAAGAGAGAAAUAAAUUUAAGAUGGGAAACAGAAAAAUUGAAACUGACUGAUUUGUCCAUCCCUACUGUGUGCCAGUGGUCUUUUGUGUGACCUCUAAGGUACCCAAUCCUCCAUGUCAAGGAAUCUUUUACAUCUGCCAUAGAGCUCAAGUGUAUUGCAAAUGAUUCUGGGACAUGUUCUUAGAUGCCCAUUCAUAUGAGGCACAGACUGGGCUUGUUGGGCCUCAUAAUUAGCCUGCUUGAAUUGAGAAUAUAGAAUCAUAGAAUCAUAGAAUCAUAGAAUCAUAGAGUUGGAAGAGACCACAAGGGCCAUCGAGUCCAACCCCCUGCCAAGCAGGAAACACCAUCAGAGCACUCCUGACAUAUGGUUGUCAAGACUCUGCUUAAAGACCUCCAAAGAAGGAGACUCCACCACACUCCUUGGCAGCAAAUUCCACUGUCGAACAGCUCUUACUGUCAGGAAGUUCUUCCUAAUGUUUAGGUGGAAUCUUCUUUCUUGUAGUUUGGAUCCAUUGCUCCGUGUCCGCUUCUCUGGAGCAGCAGAAAACAACCUUUCUCCCUCCUCUAUGUGACAUCCUUUUAUAUAUUUGAACAUGGCUAUCAUAUCACCCCUUAACCUCCUCUUCUCCAGGCUAAACAUGCCCAGCUCCCUUAGCCGUUCCUCAUAAGGCAUCGUUUCCAGGCCUUUGACCAUUUUGGUUGCCCUCCUCUGGACACAUUCCAGUUUGUCAAUGUCCUUCUUGAACUGUGGUGCCCAGAACUGGACACAGUACUCCAGGUGAGGUCUGACCAGAGCAGAAUACAGUGGCACUAUUACUUCCCUUGAUCUAGAUGCUAUACUCCUAUUGAUGCAGCCCAGAAUUGCAUUGGCUUUUUAGCUGCCGCGUCACACUGUUGGCUCAUGUCAAGUUUGUGGUCAACCAAGACUCCUAGAUCCUUUUCACAUGUACUGCUCUCAAGCCAGGUGUCCCCAUCUUGUAUUUGUGCCUCUCAUUUUUUUGCCCAAGUGCAAUACUUUACAUUUCUCUCUGUUAAAAUUCAUCUUGUUUGUUUUGGCCCAGUUCUCUAAUCUGUCAAGGUCGUUUUGAAGUGUGAUCCUGUCCUCUGGGGUGUUAGCCACCCCUCCCAAUUUGGUGUCAUCUGCAAAUUUGAUCAGGAUGCCCUUGAGUCCAUCAUCCAAGUCAUUGAUAAAGAUGUUGAAUAAGACCGGGCCCAAGACAGAACCCUGUGGCACCCCACUAGUCACUCUUCUCCAGGAUGAAGAGGAACCAUUGAUGAGCACCCUUUGGGUUCGGUCAGUCAGCCAGUUACAAAUCCACUGAGUGGUAGCAUAGUCAAGACCACAUUUUACCAGCUUCUUUACAAGAAUAUCAUGAGGCACCUUGUCAAAUGCCUUGCUGAAAUCAAGGUAGGCUACAUCCACUGCGUUCCCUUCAUCUACCAGGCUUGUAAUUCUGUCAAAAAACGAGAUCAGGUUAGUCUGACAUGACUUAUUUUUCAGAAAUCCAUGCUGACUAUUGGUGAUCACAGCAUUCCUUUCUAGGUGCUCACAGACUGUUUGCUUAAUGAUCUGCUCCAGAAUCUUCCCUGGUAUUGAUGUCAGACUGACUGGGCGGUAAUUAUUUGGGUCCUCUCUUUUCCCUUUUUGAAAAUAGGGACAACAUUUGCCCUCCUCCAGUCUGCCGGGACUUCGCCUGUUCUCCAGGAAUUCUCAAAGAUGACUGCCAGUGUUUCUGAGAUCACAUCUGCCAGUUCUUUUAAUACUCUUGGAUGCAGUUCAUCUGGCCCUGGAGACUUGAAUACAUAAUAUAUAUGGCCCUGGAGACUUGAAUACAUAAUAUAUGACUCAGAACAUCCCCAGCAGCAGACUCAGGCAGCUGUGCUUCGACAGAGAUGGCGGACAGCGUGCUGGUGACGGCAAGUCUAUAUUACAGGGAAACUUUCAGGAAUUAGGGCCUUGCAACAAAAUGUUGCCACAUGGAAUGCUUCUGUUUGGCACUCCUGACACUCUAUUCCACCCCCAUUCUUUUCCUUGAUUCUCUCUCCAGCCAUUGGUCACCUUUCUAUGCACCCUGCGCAUGCUCAGCCCUCAUUGGACCCCACCUGGGAUAUUUCCCCUCCAUUUCUGGGUUUUUGGAAGGGGGAGAAGACAUGCAGGUGCCAAUCCCAGCUACAUUAAAUUUUUUCUCUAUUGAUCUCUAUGGGCAUCUCUCAUUUAAGUCCCUGAGGACAUAUGAAAAUGUGAACUAUUGCGUGGCCUAUCUAAACAGCGGCAUAACUGUCGCUACCUUUUUUAUGUCCAGCUGUUUCUUCCUCCAUCCUCUUUUCCCAGCCACGACAUUGCCAGCGCAAAGACUGCAGUGGUUUCUGCAGGGGUGAGAAGGAGGCAUCAGAUCACCCUCUCCAAGGCUGUACUUCUCCCGGUGCCCUUGGAGAGGAACAUUCCAUGUUUCAUGUGACAGCUGGGGCAUCCUCCCAGGGCCCAUAGUGGGACCAGUGUCUCUUCUCAUGCAGGUCAUAUGCAUCAGCUUCACUUGGCUCCAAUCCUCCUUUCUCCCCUCACAAUACCCUCUGCAAACUGAGGAUAAUAUUUCAAGCAUUUGAUGAAGUGGACUGUAGUCUACAAAAGCUUAUGCUACAAAGCAUCUAUUAAUCUUUAAAGUGCCACAAGGAUCUUUGUUGUUUCUAUAGGGGGUGGAUGGGGACCAUCUGGUCUUUGGGGGGGGGGGCAGAUUAUCGCCACAAUAUGGGGAAUUGCUGACUUUCCAGCAAAUGUGUUCCUCCAUUCUGGCCAGCAAACUGUGGCUUCAGCCUCGGCUUAAAUGAAGCUUUAAGAAAUGGAUAGGAAGUAUACCCUGUGCAUGAAACUGACUCCCUGCAAUGGAUUUCGUUUGGCUGGAGCCCCAGGAGUGCAUUAAGACUUCACUAAUUAGGUGCUUCUCUUCUGAACAUAGGUCAAGGGAAUUCCUGUGAAUUGGCAUUAAAAUGUGUCAUUUUAGAAAACAUUAUGAGGGAGUGUUAGUUCUGUUACCUCUUGAGAACAAUGGGGACUGGGAAGGAGAGCAUAAUAGACCAACAAACCUGCCAGGAUGGAAUAGCUAAUACUUCUUCAUCACUGUCUGUCUGCAGCUGUUUUGUUGUUGUUGUUUGUUGUUAUUCAUUUCAUUUCUAUACUGCUUUAUAUUUUAAAGAAAAAUAUCUCAAAGUGGUUUACAACACAUCAAAACAUUGUAUAAAACAAUCCAGAAUGAAACAAAUGCAAGUUUCAAGGAAAAUAUUUCAAUUUCUUCUCCAAGUGACAUUUUGCUUUUACCACAUUUAUUUACAUGCUUAAUUUAUAUAGCUGCCCCAUAGCAGAAGUACUAUAAACAGCACAAAUAAGGUGCAAUGAAACAGAACGGUGUCGGUCAACACCAAACAUUGUGUUACUCAUGCCUGGCUUUCCUUUCCACAUAGGCUUCACUCUUAACAACAAAAUCCAGCACAGUAUAGCUCUCCGUUAUGCUGGCAGCAAGAUGACCAUUGACUUUGAUGGCUUCGUGGCCUGCAUGAUUCGCCUAGAGACUCUCUUCAGUAAGUCUUCCUGAAGUAAAAGGAGGUAGAGUGAUAGAAAAUACUCUGGAGUGUCUCCCUUACCUCCACCCUGGCUUUUCUCUAACAAGCAAAAGAGCUGUCCCUAUUUUUAACCUGAGCACAAACAACUGCGUGUCAAGGAAAAAGGGACCAAAAUGUCUGUAAUUUGCCAAAUUAGAUAAGUAACCAACUACUCCCAAGCUAGUGUAAGAUCCCAAAGCCUGUCAGACUCUGCUUUUGACAAAACAAAUACAGGGACUCAGAUGCAGAAGACAUUCUAUCCCCCACAAGGUCUAAUAGGAUCUGCCAAAGGGAUUGAUUUGCAAACCUCACCCAGUGUGUGACUGCCAUCUUGCUAUGCAGAGAAUGGUGUAGCUGCCCAAAUAUGCCAGUUUAGGUGCUUUCCAGACAAGGAUUGCACAAGAAUAUACAAUGACCAGAUCAUCUUAAUUGCAUUCCUCCCCAUGCCCCAUCUAGUGUCUCUGCUAUAGGGAAACCACUUUUCCAAUCUCAUUUUCAUUCAAGAUAGUGCAGGUGCUCCGUUGUGAAUGGAAUAGGCAAUGUGACUGUGAGAAUCCAUAGACACCUGCUGGAUGCUAUCUGUGACAUCCCCAGUGACCAGCAGCUCAAUUCUUCCAACUUUCAUGCCUUCGCUGUUUUGCCAUUUUAUAAGUAUUUAAAAUACUUUUUAAAAACACACAAAAAACCUGUCUUUGGAAGCUGAGCACUCUCUUAUAUACCACCACAGCUGGAAGUACUAAGUCAACCCUUUAAAGUUACCAACACCAUAGGAAUAUGUCUCAUACCAGACCACUGUCCCAUCUAGCUUAGUGUUGUCUACACUGACUGGCAGUGGACCUCCAGGGUUUCAGGUGGGACAUUUUCUCAGCCAUACCUGAGGAUAGUAGAGAUUCAGUCUGGGAUUUGGGACAAAGCAAACCCUUUGUCCCACAGCUGAUAAAACUAUGCACUGAAAUAACCUGAUUUGAAGAAGCCAAGUUCUCGGAAUUGUGCCCCAUCCCCAGGUAUUGUAUUUCUCAUGUACCAAAUGCUACUGUUUAACUAUAACACCUGCUCUUUUUUUGCCACCCAGAAAUGUUUCAGAUGCUAGACAAGGAUAAGCAUGGAGUUGUCCAGCUCUCUCUGGCUGAGGUAAUGAUGAUUGAAUUAAGCUUCUGCACAGUUGCAUUAUGACAGAUUGGUGGUAAUAAGAUGCCCGAAUAAAAUCACCACUGCUUUUAAAUCACACCUAUUUAUUACUAUUUCUAGUAGUACUGAUGCAGCUAGGAUACCUGUUAAAACCACAGCUCGGCAUGUUAAGAUGGAGAGCACAUCUUAGUGGAUAAGCUCACACAUUAUAUAAUUCACUGACUGGAAUAUAUUUGGAUGCAUGAGGUAGAAUCCUGGGUAGUCUUUAGCCCCAGUAGAUAUUAAGAUCAAGGUGGCAAUAAAGAGCCAAGUUCUAGCCCUUUUAACCAUGCAUUCAUCUUUUUUCUCCUUUGGGAGCAAUGUGUGCUCUCAUUACUACUCAACUGACAGGCACUAGCAGCACACAUUCAUAUACUUUGUACUAAUGAAGCAAGCCUCAUUGAAGGGACGCUUCCACCACCAGCCAGCUGAUUGGAGCUGGGAGUGCACCUUCAGUGGAGGUCAUUGUAACAACCCACCAGCUGAUUGGCAGUCACACCAAUCCCUUUGAAAUUUGAUGGGAUACAUGACGUCAGGUGAUUGACAGGGGGUCUGUCCCACCCACCUGGCAAACUUGGGCUGCACUGGUCGGCUCCAUCUGCUAGCUCAAAGAUAGGGAAUCUUUUUCUGCAUUCCCUUGGGGAUAAUUUGCCAGGGCUUCAUGUAACUGGUGGGCAGGCCCCAAACCAUAAAUGGACAGAACAACUAUUUUCUUCCGUUUUUUUUUGUCUCUCCCUUUUCCUUUCCACCCAGUGGGUUGCCAGAGUUGGGACAUCCUUGCCAGAGCCCAGAACUGAUUGUUCGCAAGAGUUUUCUCCUCUUAUCCUUCCAUUGCUUGAUCUGUUCCAGCUUCUCCAUCUCCUGCGCUCCUUUCUCUCUCCAGUUCCCUCUUUCCUGGCUUGAAAUGAGGUCAAAGGCUGCAGGUUGCCCACACCUGUACUGGCCUAGGACCCUCGUACCUACGGGACUGCCUCUCUCGGUAUGCCCCACGGAGAGCCUCAAGGUCCAUAAAUAGCAACACCCUAGAUGUUCCGGGCCCUAAGGAAGUUAGAUUAGCCUCAACCAGAGCCAGGGCCUUUUCAACGCUCUGCCUCAUGAGACCAAGGCCCUGCAGGAUCUGAUUUCUUUCCGCAGGGCCUGUAAGACAGAGUUAUUCUGCCUGGCCUUUGGCUUAGAAUCAGUUUGAUUCCCCCCCCCCUUCUUUUUUCCUUUCUCUUCCUGUGAAGAAGCUGCAUUUUAAUGUUUUAAUGUUGUAAUUUAAUCUUGUUUUUUAAGUUGUAUUUUAAUCAACUUGUUUUUAUUAUUGGUUGUUAGCCCCCCCUGCGCCCGGUCUUGGCUGGGGAGGGCGGGGUAUAAAUAAAUUAUUAUUAUUAUUAUUAUUAUUAUUAUUAUACAAGCCAGGUGUUGUAAACAAGGAUGAGUAGGUGAGCAAUGGUCGCAGCAACAGCGAUGAGAGUCUGGAAUGGGAUUCUCUGGCUUCAGCAGCUGACAAAACCCAAAACUGGAGGCCUUCAUAAGCUUCAGCAUGAAUUUCUGCUUUCUUCUGAGCAAAAAUGGCUAGAAUUGGGCUCCGAGUUUUUAAAGCCAAAAACAAUAAUGCUGUCAGAGCUAGUAUUGUCAAAUUCAUCAGGAAAACGUAGGCUAUAUAUGGACAGCAAUUCAUUUUGUCACAUAGGGAGCAGGAUAUAACUAUAUUUCUGUUAUGAUCACUCUGUGUUCAUCUUUGUUAUCCACCUUCAAAGGGAAUGAGACAAAACAACUGAAAACGUGCAUGAGGGAAGCAGUUCUUGCCCAGAAUGAGGUGAAAAUAAGUGACCUGAUAGGUCUUAGCAAUGAUCUAGAUGUUAUGAGUGAGGAUUCUUUUUUUUCUUAUUUUGGCUAGAGUACAAAAGAUGUCAGGGCCUGCUGUAGUCAGAGAAAGGAACCUUGCUGUGAAACCAUAAUGAAAGCCACAUCCAUCAGAGAUGUUAGGAGCAUUCAGUUUUAUUUAAUGGCAUUUGGGAAGCAGACUCUGACCUACCUUUUCUUCUGUCAGUCAGCAAGAAAUUUGAUGCGUUUUCAUGCGAUAUGUCUCCUACCCAGCUCCCAAUCUAGUGGGAUUAUUCACCCUAGGUGAAAUGCCAACAACUGUCACUGUCCUGUAGCUCAAUAAUUUUCAGGCUUGCUAAUCUGUUUUGGACCCUCACUGCCACCGCCACCCGUUCCUGUAAUUUCCUGGGUCUGCGGGUGUGCAGAAGGUUGAUUCUGGCCAGAAAAAUGUAGAAUGGGGCUUUGGGUGAUCCUUCCAAGUGCUGUGCAUCUGGUGUGGCAGGGCAUGCGCAUCAUGCAAUUCAAGUGAGUAACAUGAAGCUUGGGGGAAUUGUGGAAAAGAUCUAAGCUACACUGGCAGGAGGUUGAAUCACACGAGUCUCUAGGUACCAAUGAGGCCUAUUACAUGCCUCCCAAUAUGGACUCAACUGCUCAGAAGUUCCCAUAUAUCAAACCAGACCUGUUCCAUCUAGCUCAAUACUGUCUGCAUUGACUGAUGGCAGUUUUCCCAGGGUUUUGGACAGAGGGCUUUACCAGCCCUACCUGGAGAUCCUAGGGAUUGAGCUUGGGCCCUUCUGUAUGCAAAGCAUUCUGUUCUAAUGGAGCCUGAUUCAUUGGGGGAAAUGGGGCAAUGUCCCCCUACCUCAGUUUGCCUGUAGCCAGCCCACACCUGCCUGCCUUCUUACUUAAAACCAUUCUAGGGCAGGGCUGGAUUAAGGUUUGAUGAGGCCCUAAGCUACUGAAGGUAAUGAGGCCCUUUAUAGGUCUAGCUGUCCUUUGUCAACAACAAAUUGUCGUUGUUUUUUGUGUUGAGUAUAUGCUAUAUGGUAAUUUUGGGGAGCAGGCUAGCAGGCGGGGCCCAUUACUUACAUCAUAGGAGCCUACACAACACUGUUGUUUUGUGUAGGUUUUAUUUUAUUUGUUUUUUAUCUUAUAUUUUGAAAAUGUACAUCCAGGUUUUUUUCCUUUAUUUUUUUGGGGGUCCCCCAAGAGAAUGGGGCCCUAAGCUAUAGCUUGUUUAGCUUAUACGUAAAUCUGGCACUGGUCUAGGGGCUGGCACUGGGUGUCAGCUUCUUCUUCCUUAGUCUGAGUUUUGCCAUUACAGAACUCAGUAGGGAGGAAGACGGGGUGAAAACCAGAAUUAGUUGGCUGUGCUUGUCAUUGGCUCUUACUCCACCUGCUGUCUCCCUGCCUUACACAUCACCACCAGUCUCGAUGGCCACCAGUGAGUAUUCAUCGGCUUUGUCCCUUUCCACAGAUUAAGUGGUACAGCCAAAAUGGUUCCCUUCAGAAUCAGGACUACUGACUCUUGUUUGCAGACUCUUAGAUCCCAUGAUGCAGCAGCAGCAGCAGCAGCUCUACCAAGAUGGAACCAGAGAAAACUUUGGUGAAGCUUUGAACAUGUCCAAACAGAUGCCCUAAGUAAGUUCUAACAGUUAUGUUCUCUCUUUCUCUCCCAGUGGCUGUGCUGCACAUUGGUUUAAGACGGCGUUUUGCAAGUCAUCUGAGAGCUCCACAACUAGCACUUCUACAGAUAAGCUCCUACAAAGCAGUUGAAAGAUAUGAAGAAGGAAAUCAAUUUCUGUGCUUGGCAAUACUUUUUAAUGUAAACAGGUCAUUCAGAAAAAUAAACACAUCUAUUUGG